GCUACUACAGGGGUGGCCAACUCCGAAGUGACUGCGAUCUACUCAGAGAGUUACAAACUGGCAGUGAUCUACCCCCUUUUGGGGGGUUCAGGUCAAAGUUCUUGAGCUUUUUUUUAGGAACGAAAGCCGUUUUUGGGGUUUCAGGUGAAAGAGUUGUUGAGCUCUUUUUUUAGGGAGGAGGAAAGCCCCGUUUUUGGGGGUGCAGGGAGAAAAUGAUGAGCUUUUUUUAAGGCGAGGCAAAGUUGUUGAGCUUCUAUGGGGGGAGCCGGUGAUCUACCAGUGAUCUACCACAGACGUCCAGUGAUCUAGCGGUAGAUCACGAUCUACCUGUUGGACGUGCCUGCGCUACAAGGGGGAAAGCGAGGGGGCGGGCAGCAACCGUGGGGCGUGGCUGCCGAGGAUGGUGCGCCUCGCAUCUCGGCCGGGCGCGCCAGAACUUUUCCUCCUGCGCCAUGUGAUUUCCUCUCUCUCUCUCUCUCCUCCACCCCUUUCCCCCUUCUUUCUUCCUCGACAGCGGGAGCCGCGCAAACUUUUAAAGCCCCCUCCUUUUUUUGGCAAAGGCUGCGGGCAGUGACGACUUUCGGAGGGGUGGCGGCGGCGGAUCUCGCUGGUUGACAUAGUAACUCCUCUCUCUGCUCGCCUCAGUCGGUGUCUGAGGGGCUGCUCGGUUGCUGCCGCCGCCGCCGCCACCGCUACCUUCAUGGACUGCAGCGAGCGACCCCGGCAGCAAAGCGAAGGCGAAGGGCUGCUCGGGGCUUCGCUGCCUCCGCUGGAGCUCCGGCGACCCCGGCUCCUCCUUCGCCAUGGGGACACCGCGCUGCCCGUAGCUGCGAGCGGCGGGCGCGCCAAGCAGCCCAGUCUCCUCCUCGGCGGCGGGAACCCCGGGGCCACUUUUUCUCCUUAUUUCUGAAGGAAAGGCAGCAGCCCCGAGUGCGAGGAGCGCCCCACUCUCCCCCCCUUUGUGUGUGUCAGGUUAUAUAUAUUUUUUUUGGGGGGGGGAUCAUCCUUUAAAUAAUAAUUCGAGGAGAAGGAAACGAGGGGCUUUCUCAGGGACGACGACCCCAUCCAAGAGCGGGGUGAAGAAGCAGCAGCAGCGCCAUGAGCCAAAUUGGCCAGCCGCCCUUCGGGCCUCACGGCUCUCCGGCGGCGAGCGGGGCGCGGAGGAACGACAGCCGCGACUACCUGCUGAUGGACUCGGAGGCGUGUGAGGAGAACUGCACGGCGCCCUACGCUUACUACCCCGCGUGAGUGGCUUUUUCCCGCCAAAGUGAGGGGGUGGGCGCCGCUUUUGGGAGAGGGGUGGAAAGUCAGGCGCGUCUCCCUCACGCGCUGCCCAAACGGCGACGACGACGACGGUGUGGGAAUAGGGCAGAGAGAAGCCAGCUGCGCGCUCUCUCUCUCUCUCAUUUUCGAAACAGAAGAGUUCAAAGGGGGUCGUGUGAAACAGUAGCGGGGUUGCUAUGAGGUCGGGCUGACUCGCUUCCCGGAUCCAGAGAGCUUCCUUCAGGCAGCUCCUCUUGACGCGCGGAGCUUUUCCCCUCACGGAGCUGCACCUGUGGCUUCCAGCUUCCCCCGUUGGGAAAGGGGAAAAGCGCGGGAAGAUGUGGGAGGGCUGGGGGGGGCGAUCCUUAUCUAGGGAGCCUUUCCGCCGUGGGGUUUGAAGGAAGCGGAGGAGCCAACUUCUAGGGGGCGAGGCCCCAUUCGUCCCCCACAAUAAAAUAUCUGAGGCCCCCCCAAAGUUGAUGAGCAUUGCCAUUCGAAUGGUGUGCCAUGUCAUGUGAUCAUGCGGGGCGGGGCUUACCUGCGCCGCCCCCGCCCUCAAUAUUUUAUUCAAAUCGGCACCCGUGGAGGGAAGAUAGGGAAUAGGUGGCAGGCGCUGUUGGUUUCUCUCGUGUAAGAGUGCAAUGGAGUCUGUGUGUUUUUCUCUUCCAGAGAGGCACCCCCAUGGGUGCAGCCAGGAUUUUUGCUGGGGGUGGGUGCAGAAUCUCAGAUUUGUAUUGAUGUUGAUUGAUUGGGGCAGGCAGCCCCUCUUUCCAUCAGAGGGUGGUGUGUGAGAUUGAGGGUGGCGUUAGCUACAGCUAAGAAUUAAAGAUGUGGGCUGCUCGCUGCUCAGCUCUCUAGGUGUGGGAACUGAGAGAAUGAUGGGAUGUAGAAGAUAGCCAAUGCCAUGCCCAAGGGGCAGAGGCAGCCAACCUGUUGUCCACUAGCAGCGGAGUAUUUGGGGCACCCCACGCAUAAGAAUGGAGGCCCCUGUGGGCUGGAUGUGGCACGGGAAGGGCUCCUGCCUGCCUGGCACCCCAGAACUGUUAGUUGCUGCUUGCUUCCCAGCCCCGUUGAAUGAACAGGCAAAGGGAAAACCCACACCAACACACUUGUGUAGUGCCUAUUUACAAGAUUAGGAAGCUCCUUAUCCUGCAUCCGAUCAUGGGUUCCACCUGGCUCACUAUUGCCUACACUGGCUGGUAGCAGUUGUCUGGGAUUUCAGGCCGGGGGCUUUCCCAGCCCUGCGCAGAGAUGAUGGGGAGCUUUCCCCUGCAAAGCAUAAGCACUCCCACAGCUCUUCUUUAACAUGUUAAGAUUUGAGGUUCUGAGCGCUGCUGCUGCUUCCGUCUAGGUUGGUAACCAUUUGAGCAUGCGCCUUCCUGCCCAGGUUUAGGGAUGUAUGUCUGCGGGGAGUAUUUUGGCAAGGGCUGUAAGUGAGCAGCGUAUUUGUGUGGGAAGUGGAAUGUGAGGAAGAGAAUGUAUAUAAAGUGUAUGUCGAAGGAGGGAGGUGACACACAGGGAUGCAGGUGCUUUCUCUCUUGUGAUGAGGAAGCCUGUAUGGCCCUCUAGGUGUUGGCGGGCUCCAACUCCCACCAGGCUCUGCCAGCAUGGGCAAUGGUCAGGGAGGGUGAGGUUUCUGGUUAAGAAACAUCUGGAGAGCCACGGGUUCCCCUAUCCCUGCAGGGUGCAUAAAGAAGGCGACAGUUCUUACACAGGAUUGGCCGUGAGCUUUUUGUUACAGUUACAGGUGUGUUUGGAAGAGGGGGAAUAAGGUGAAUGUGGGGAACUCCUAUACUAUGGCUGGAUGUUUGUCAGGGGCUGCUGUCAAAGGGAGUGUGUAGCUACUCUAGAGAUCCUACGGUGCAGUUCCAUUACAGUGGUACUUCGGGUUACAGAUGCUUCAGGUUACAGAUGCUUCAGGUUACAGACUCCGCUAACCCAGAAAUAGUACCUCAGGUUAAGAACUUUGCUUCAGGAUGAGAACAGAAAUCAUGCGGCGGCAGCGCGGCAGCAGCAGGAGACCACAUUAGCUAAAGUGGUACCUUAGGUUAAGAAUGAUUUCAGGUUAAGAACGGACCUCCAGAAUGAAUUAAGUUCUUACCCCGAGGUACCACUGUACUAGCGUUAAACAUCCUGAGGUCCUUUGUAGGCUAGAAAAGAUUCCAGUGGAAUGAAAUGAAUAACAGUUUCCUUCUAACUAGGGCAGUUACAAAUAAGGGAGGGUGUGUGGGGGUGGGACAGAUUUUUUCCUUUCUCUUGUGCAUUUUCACAUGGAGCAAGACUCCUAAUGUCCACAAAUGAUUGUGAGUACAAACUAAGGGAACAGGAUUCAAAGAUGUGAGCUGAUCUACUUGCUGCAUGCUGGAGGAAGGCUGCAAGGCACCAGGAGUGUGUGAUUGGGUUGCUUUUUUGCCAGCAGUAUGAAGAAUUAAUGGCUCACAGAGGGGUGGUGAGAAAAGAGACCAUCGCUGCUUCGUGGUGACCUGGGGGAAGCCUGCACUCUGGCCAAGGGAAGCUGGAAGAGAGAUCUCUCAGCUGGCAUUGUGGUCACCCAGAUGCCUCUCUGAAACCUCAAACUAUCUGCUUCCCCUCCUCCCACCCCAUUUUGUCUUCUGGUAAUGAUGCAGAGACCUCUUCCCCCCCAGGUUGACACUCAGUGGUUUCUUCCAAAGGAAAAAAAAAAUGUGUGUAUGUGGGGGGGGGGGGGGACACCACCAGGAAGGUGGAAAAGAAAGGGAAGGUGCCCAGAAGUACCUUUAUUGAGAACUCUGUAUUUUCAGUUACAGUGGUACCUAGGGUUAAGUACUUAAUUCGUUCUGGAGGUCCGUUCUUAACCUGAAACUGUUCUUAAUGUGAAGCACCACUUUAGCUAAUGGGGCCCCCCGUUGCCGUCGUGCCGCCAGAGCACGAUUUCUGUUCUCAUCCUGAAGCAAAGUUCUUAACCCGAGGUACUAUUUCUGGGUUAGCGAAGUGUGUAACCUGAAGCGUAUGUAACCCGAGGUACCACUGUACUGUAUUCUUGAGAGGCACUUUUAGGCACAGCCAACCUGAGUCUUUGGCCUCCCACUCUACUGCAGCACACAUACUUGAAAAAGAUUUGAAGAACUGACAAAUUCUCUCCAGAUGCAAUGAGUAAUGCUAUCUCCUGCCUACAGCCCAGUGCAGGAAGUGGAGAGGAAAAAGGAAAUGAUAGAUGCAAAAGGGGAAAAAAGAGGCAUCUCUUUUCAAGUGUCAGAACUAGGAGUUGCUGCGUAACGCUAGUCCGUCUUGGACUCGACAUACGUGUAGGAAGGCGUUGUGUGUGUGUGUGUAAGUGGAGCAGAAAUGUGUAUUUUUGGGGGAAUGGAGGUGGGGAAGAGAAGGGAACCAAAAGCAUCUGUCAGGUAAGUGAAUUAUGCUUCGGGGAAUGUUAAUAAGGGUCUGCUGAGAAGGAGAGAUGAGCGCUCUCUGGCAUGGAAUAUCUGUGUAGGUCCUUGCCAGAGAGUUCUCAUUUCAGCAGACCAUUAUUAACAUCCCCUGAAGCAUAAUCCAGUUAUGCGACAGAUGUUUUUGCUCCCUUCCCCUUCCCAACCAAUAUGUCAACUCUUUUCCCCCAUAGGAGUAGGGGGUAACAUCAGGGGUCCAUGCCACACAUGAAUGGAUCACAACCAGUUGUGCAUGCCUUGUGAAUAUAAGGGAAAGUUGGCCACGAACCACUGCCAUCUGCAACAGUAAUUUUAUUUUGCUAAUCUAUAUGGCAUAUUCCCUCACCCUAGUGUGAUGAUUUUAGUUGGCUAUCCAUCCUAACAACACUCUAGUUAGCAAGACAUACACACUGGUAUUUCCAAACAGAAUAAUCUCUGCAGAGGUUAAAGACUGCUGACAUCAAGCUGUUGCAGACUGCAGCUCAAUAUGCAAAAUUCCUUGGAAAUGUUGACACUUAGUUUGGGAUUUAGGUCACAUCUUCUCACAAAUUUUUGUGUGAAAGAAACUGAGCACAGCACCUCACUUUUCCACGCCUCCUGAGCUGCCAAACCUGGUACAUUCUGGGUUAGCCAGGAAAAUCAGAUUUCAUCAAUUUUGCCUCUGGAUGAGUAAAUCUGAAAGCACCUUUCAGUGUAGCCAAAUUAGAAAUAAAUUAAUGAAGCUAUCUUGAAUGGUGCAUUUGUGUUUGGUUACCUUUUUUUAAAAAAAAAAAUCCAGAAUAUAUACAUUCAAAAUAAUGCAUAGAAAUGUAUACAGAUGUUUAAAGGAAUAGAGUUUCUGAGAAAUUACAUGAACUUUACAUGCUGUGCUUCCUGUUUUUCUGUUUCUUGAUUUGAUGGUGACAACUUUAACUUGUUAAUGCGUUUGAGAGGUACAGUCAUUCCUCCGUGCAGAAUAAGAACUGAUUACACUAUGUAACAUGACAAGAAUCUGAAACAUUCAGUGAUGGCUGUAAGAGGCAUAGUUUCUUCCUCGCUAAUGCUUUCCCUUUGUAUCUUAACUACUUAACAUGAGUCAUUUUGCUAUCCACCUCCUCUGAUUUAUACCACUUAAACUUGCCAAAACCUAUUAACACAGCCUGGCACAGAAUAGGACUGUUGGUAGGAGGCAGCGGUAAUAGAAAAGGAUUAAGAUUAAGGAGUUCAGUGGCUAUAAGUCUACAUAUUAUUAUCACUAUUAUUCGUUUUAUUUCUAUACUAUAUAUUUUUAAGGGGAGGGAACAGGUUGCAGCCUACAUUAAAAAAAUUCAAUACAACAUUUCUGAAUAAAGUCAAGUGUGAAGUAUACAUUCAAAACAACAUAGGUAACAGGAAACUAAAAUAUUAUCUUGAAGAUUUCAAAAUAAAUCUUUGCAAAGGAGGUCAAGUACAGAAUACACAUGGCUAACUUUUUUUUAACUUAAGCAUUUCAAAAGAAAACAUGGCUAAAGGAAGUCAAAUACAAAAUGCACAUUUAAAACAGCAUAAUUAGCAAGAGGAUGAAAUAUUAUAAACACUGAACGUAUCUGCUGCUGCCGCUGCCAGUCCUGCCAAUGGUGGUUCAUGGCGGCUGUGGAAGCUCAGGCUCAAUGACCUGGGUCUUCACUAAGAGACAGCCAAGAUGGUCAUACAUACAUACAGUACAUAGCAUAAAAGAAACUUGAUGAAUAUGAAAACAAACUCUUAACAAAAAAAUUGGUGCGACUAACAAUAAAAGACACCAACAAUAAAACAGAAUCAUAGAUUUUCUUCUUCUUUGGCAAUCACUCGUAGCCGAGUAAGAUUGUCUUCCACAAACACGGUUUUAACAAUGAGUCUGUAAGUGACUGUGGAGGCCAAUUCUGGAUCCACACAUCCUUCCACAGUGGGGACAUAGGUUUCCGGGUGGGAGUUGAUCAUGGUGAGGGUUUGCCAAGCAUGCCUUCCUCCUAGCAUGUUUCUCCCUUGCUUCCUGAGUUCGAGUGUCUUCAAAGCCCGUGACACCUUUGGUAAAGGCUGUUCUCCAACUGGAGCACUCGCAGGCCAGUGUUUCCCAGUUGUCAGUGUUUAUACUACAUUUUUUAAGAUUUGCCUUGAGACAGUCUUUAAACCUCUUUUGUUGACCACCAGCAUUACGCUUUCCAUUUUUAAGUUCGGAAUAGAGUAGUUGCUUUGGAAGACGAUCAUCAGGCAUCCGCACAACAUGACCAGUCCAACAAAGUUGAUGUUGAAGAAUCAUUGCUUCAACACUGGUGAUCUUUGCUUCUUCUGGUACAUUGGCAUUAGUUCGCCUGCCUUCCCAAGUGAUGUGUAAAAUUUUUCAGAGACACUGUUGAUGGAAUCUUUCGAGGAGUUGGAGAUGGCGUUUAUAAGUGGUCCAUGUUUCACAAGCAUAUAGUAAGGUUGGUAGUACAAUAGCUUUGUAAACAAGCAUUUUGGUUUCCCUGCAAAUGUCCCGGUCCUCAAAAACUCUACACUUCAAUCGGGAGAAAGCCGCACUCGCAGAGCUCAGGCGAUGUUCGAUUUUGGCAUCAGUGUUGGCCCUUGUGGAAAGAUAACUGCCUAGGUAGGAGAAGUGAUCGACAUUUUCCAAUGUUACACCAUUGAGUUUGAUUUGUGGUGCUGCAGAGGGGUUACUUUGUACUUGUUGGUGCAGCACUUUGGUUUUUUGGAUAUUGAGUGAUAGGCCAAGCUUUUCGUAAGCUUCUGCAAAGAUAUUUAGGAUGGUUUGGAGGUCAUCCUCUGAGCGUGCACACACUGCGUUUUCAUCAGCAUACUGAAGCUCUAUGACGGAAGUUACAGUAACCUUACUCUUUGCUUUCAGCCUGCUCAGACUGAAGAGCUUUCCAUCUGUUCAAUAUAUGUUUUCUACUCCAGUGAGGAGUUUCCCUUCGACAAAGUGUAGGAUCAUGGCAAUGAAAAUAAUGAAUAGAGUUGGGGCAAUAACACAACCCUGUUUAACACCUGAUCCCACUGUGAAUGGUUCACUUUGAGAGCCAUUGUUAUCUGCGAUCGUUGCAUCAUAUUAUCAUGGAGGAGCCGAAUGAUGUCUACAAAUUUAUCUGGACAGCCAAUUUUCAGAAGGACAGUCCCCAGGGCAUUACGAUUUACAGUGUCGAAAGCCUUAGUCAGGUCAAUAAACGCCAUAUACAGGGAUUGGUUUUGCUCUCUGCACUUUUCUUGAAGCUGCUGAGUGGUGAAAAUCAUGUCCACUGUCCCCCUAGAAGGCAGAAAAGCAUUUUGGGAUUCAGGAAGGGUCACCUCGGAUAUUGUUAAGAGACGAUUUGCUAAGAUCACGGUGAUCUUUAGCAUGGACAGUAACAUAGUCUAAGAGGUGACAUGAGCUUGACCAAUCUGCGGGAGGCAGUGGAAGACAGGAGUGCCUGGCGUGCUCCGGUCCAUGGGGUCACGAAGAGUUGGACAUGACUAAACGACUAAACAACAACAAAAGGUGACAGUGGUUUGACCAAGGAUGCCUUCAUGAAGUUUUAAAUUUAUUUUUCUGUCGAAAGAUUGUGUUGGUAAUAACAAGGUUGUGUGCUGCAUAUAUUGUCAAAAGUAAGAUUCUGUUCUGGUUGCUGUUGCCAACUCCUUCUUUCCGAAUAGUCCCAGGCCACAGAUCGAAAUCUCGCCCAACUCUUGCAUUAAAAUCACCCUGGAGGAUAAUUUUAUCUUCCUUAGGCGUCUCAGAUAGGACAGUAUCCAGCUGAGAGUAAAUUUUUUCUGUAAUGUCUUCAUCGGCAUCCAGUGUUGGUGCAUAAGCGCUUAUAAUAGGAGCCUGUUGGUUUUUGGUGAGCUUUAUUGUUGGAAGGGACCACAAGAGUCUUCUAGACUAACCCCCUGCAAUGCAGGAAUUUUUUUGCCCAAUGUGGGGCUCGAACCCACAAACCUGAGAUUAUUGCGGAGGGUGGUAUAUAAAUCUAAUAAAUAAAAUAAAAUAGGCACAGGUAGAUGAUUUUGCAGGAAUAAAAAAGGGUUGGGGUUUUUUUUGCACUUACUGGAAACAAUAAGGUGUAGGCACUUGUCUAUCAGACACAUGUCCCACAGUUUGGGAAUUGUAGGCAACUGCUGUGAAAUAAAUGGCCUUCAGUAGCCAAUAAAUUAAUUCACCGCAAGGAUGUGACUUGAACUCAACAAAAUCAACUCUCGGGCCACAAGAUCACUGUGAUUUGCAACACACCUUCUUAGAUUGUAAAACUGAGCAAAAGUUGAUGGAACACAUUUUUUACCAGAGUCUCUAGGUGAGCGCCAUUGAUCAUUGUCUAUUGCUAACAGGAGGUUGCUGUGUGUGCUUGCUUAGAGAAAACCUGAGUCAAAAUGACCUACCUCACUUCAUAUCCUUUCUUUUUUCCUAAUCUGGGAGAACAGCCUUCAAGAGGGAAAAGAUCCAUCCAUCCUAGGGCCUGGUUCUCAGAGGCAAUAUACCUUUAACGUGUAGUGAAAUUAAUAUGCUUGUUUUGAAAUAAUAAUAGUAAUAAUAAUAAUAUGUUAUUUUCAGAGUGAGAUGAAAAUAAAUUUAGGUUUGACCCAAAUGCUCAUCAUUUCUCAGACGCAGAAUCUUAACGACUUCUCACCAAAGUUGUAGGAAUAAUAAAAGUUUGUGGGUGUCGAAUGAUUAGCACUUUAAAUGUGUAAAGCAACCAAGUUAAUCAGAAGUAAAAGAUUACUGGGUCAUUCCUCCACCCCAAUUUAUCACAUGGCAUACAAAUGUACAUUUUCUCUCUUCUGCAGACUUCCUACAUAACCAUAUGUUUCCACAUAAAUCCAUUAUAGUUUUCUUAUUAAGUCUAAAAUAACUGCUUAUAAGUUUGUGCACACGUCUCAGGCAGAGAUGUGGUUGGGCUCCAACUCCAAUCACCCCAGACUCACUGGCCAUACUGAAAAGUUGCCUCAUUCCUUACAGACCACAUGUGGCCCUCAAGGUCUUUUUUAGCGGCCCUCUGCAACAUCUGAGGCCCUGCCCCCAGCUCUCACUCUGCUGGGGAAGCAAGGCACUGGACUUUGGGAAGGAAUGCGUGAGGUCCUGGAGUUCCCUUCCCUUCUUCCCAAAGCCUAGUUAGCACAUUCCCAGCUUUGGGGAAAAGGCUGGAGGGUUUGAGGACCCUGCCAGAGUCUUGCAUCUCCUUCCCAAAGCCCAAAUCCUCGCUUAGAUGGAUAUUGACUACCAAAUGACCCUAAAAUAAUAUUACUUAAGCAUAGAACAUAUCAGCUCCUGUUGCUGCCGAUCCUGUCAAUGGGACAAUUAUUUAGUUACACAACCCUUUGGAGGGAUCAAGGGAAAAACUUUAUCACCUGUACAUUCAUUUACCAUUAGCGCUUCUAUUAAGCUGUCUUAAGACUUCCCUAGUUAACACCAGAAAGUCACAUUUUAUUAUGCUGUGCACCAGUAAGCAAUCUGCGUGAAUGUGGAAGGUAUGUUUAUUUCUAUAGGUACAGACAUGUGUCCCAGUAAAUAUACAGUAGCCUGCAGUUCUGCAAGACAAAAAUGUUUCUGGCUGCCACACACCACACACAAACGCUUGUUUGCACAAUCCAAGGAUUGUCAAAGUGCGCAAAGAUGGAAUCCCCAUGCAAGUGCAGCUUUUCCCAUUUUCAGACUUAAGUUCCUGGCUACAUUCACCUUUACAGACACUUCUACACUGCAGCUUCAUUCUGCAACGAAUGAUAAACAGGGUGCUGUUUGCCUGCAAAACAUACUUCCAGUGCCCCAGGCACUGGGGAGGAAGGAUGAAAGGAUUUGAGGGUGAAGUAGUAAUUAGAGGAGGGCAAAUCCCGAGGCUUUCUUAUACAAAUGUGUUUCCUUUAUAUCUUGUUAAACUAAGAUUAAAUUCCUUUUUAUUUAAGAGCCCAGAGAGCCAGCUGGCCUUUGUAUUUAAUUACGCCCACCAAGCAUACAAUUUUACCUGUGUUUGCAGACUGCAAUUCUAUGCUUUAUUAAGGCCAAACAUAUAUAAUCCCUUGAUGGCAACCUGGUGAAUGGUAGUACUUUUUAAUACUGCAUGAAGCAAGAAAGUGGAGAAAUUCAAAUUCAUACAAAUGGAACAGUCCCUGAAGAGGAAUAACAGCUAGGAGGCAUAGGUAGCAAAUGAGUGGGGCCAAAUGUCCCAGUUGUACUAAAUGUGCCAUUUUUUCUAACUUCUCCGGCACGAUACCAUGAAACCUAGAUUACGCUUGCAAUGCCAAACACAGGUAAAGGUAAAAGGACCCCUGACCAUUAGGUCCAGUUGUGGCCGACUCUGGGGUUGCGGCGCUCAUCUCGCUUUAUUGGCUGAGGGAGCCGGCGUACAGCUUCCGGGUCAUGUGGCCAGCAUGACUAAGCCGCUUCUGGCGAACCAGAGCAGCGCAUGAAAAUGCCGUUUACCUUCCCACCGGAGCGGUACCUGUUUAUCUACUUGCACUUUUUGGCGUGCUUUCGAACUGCUAGGUUGGCAGGAGCUGGGACUGAGCAACAGGAGCUCACCCCGUUGCGGGGAUUCGAACCGCCGACCUUCUGCUUGGCAAGCCCAAGAGGCUCAGUGGUUUAGACCACUGCGCCACCGGUUCUUUAAAUCCAGGACAGUGUUAUAGCCAGCCUCCACAUUACAGAGGGCUGCUUACGAUUAUGGAGAGCAUCAUGUGCGGAAAGGAGCUCUGUAGAGAUUGCUGCAUGGCAAGAGGUUAUGUGCUUGCCUUUUUGGGAAGGAUGAAAUGUUGCUUUGGUGCUUGAAAAAAAUUGGUUGUGUGGAACUGAACAGAGUCAUUUCCAGGGAAGGGAAGGGCCAUAGCCCACUGGGAGAGCAUAUGCUAUGCAUCCUCACCCCCAAAAACAACUGGACAGGAAGGUGCACAUUCUUAAAUCUUAAGUGCCAAUCGUAAUUGUUGGGGAAGACCUCAUACACAGAAGUUCCCAGGUUCACGUCCCAAGAUCACCAGAUAGUAGGAAAGACCUUCUGUCUGGAACCCCGGAGAGCCACUGCAUAAGAUUCUUAAUCUCAGGGUGAUGGUGGUUUGAGCCCCACCUUGGGCAAAAGAUUCCUGCAUUGCAAGGGGUUGCAUUAGAUGACCCUUGUGGUCUCUUCCAAAUCUACAGUUCUGUAAUUCUGUGUUGUGUACAGAAUUAGACAGUGCUGAGCCAGAUGAGCCAAUGGUUCCCAUGAGUCCUUCUCCGGCUGCUUUUUAGAAGACCGUAUUGCUGAAUGAGCUGCACAUUGCAGCAAUUCACAUCCAGUGAAGCUAGGAAAUACAGCAAAGGCGUUGUGCCUGAUUUAACAAACAAACCCACGUAGAAAACACACCCUUCCAAAAAACUUUAUGAAAGAAAAUGAAGCUACCCAAGUGACAGGGGUGCAAAUGGAGCAGAUUGGCUCCAUUUGUGAUGCCAUAUAGAGCUAUCCAGGGGUUGCCAGAGACAUCUGCACAUCCAUAAUGAGAGAGAAAAAUAGUGAUUGUACCCUAAUCAGCUGUUUGGAGUCAGGGAGGUUGUUUGCAGCCACACCCACAUUCCAGCAGGUGAUGAGAGCUGUUAGCGUUUGCAGCUUCGCCAUCUGUUUAAUGCUGAGGCUCAGCUUUAAUCUUGGUGUUUUGGUUUUCUUUCAAAAAGAAAAGAAAAAAAUAGAAUGGAUGCUGUAAUUUAUGGUAACAGCACAGAUGAGUGCAUUCUGCAAUCAAGUUCAGCCACAACAUAAAAUUUGUUGGGGGGAAAAAGCUUCCCAUUAACUCUGCCAUUCUUACAGCUAAUUCAAAAUACGCCAUGCUAAAAGGUGGGAUCCAUGAAUGCUACAGUUGCUGCAUUCAAAGAUACUGAAAUCUUUCAUUCCGAGAAAUAAAUUUUCAUUUGCUGUUGGGAUUUGUUUUCAGCAUACAGAGGCUAAAUUCUCAUGUCAAUAAACCAUACUUUAGCAUAGCUUUGCUCAACCACUCAGUUUUGGACUGAACGGACGGGACCAAUGGUGGAUCCAGCGGUCAAGAAGGCAGUUUCUGCACAUGCUGUGUAGAGGGUGUCGGAGAUUCCAUACGACCGAGCUGAAAUGGCUCUCCCCCACGACGUACGUCGGAAUCCAUCGAGGCUCUCUUCCAACGGUGAUUAACAACCUAAGCCUUUAAUGAGGCUUCAGGCACGUUCCCUCAUUACGCAGAGUAUCCAAACAGCAGCAGAAGAGCGAGAAAUAUAUGCUAGGUUUAUUUCUAUCUAUGCAGGACAGAAAAGAAUAGAAUAGACAUCUGCUCUCAGAGUCAGUGAAGAACUGGGAGAAAGAAACAGGAAACCAGAAACAUCAACAUCUGUCUCCUGUCUCCUGUGAGAGUUCCAACAGUCUGGAAUGUAAACAGAGUCUUGUGACUCCAAAAACUGCACAGUGGCAUAACAGAAAUCUAACAGAGGGAAGUGAAGGGCAGAUGGGGCCUGUCAACCUGGGAAGAUAGCCCAUCUAGGAGAAGGAAAACUCUGACCCUAAACCUCCUCUGCUUUGUGAGAUAUCUUAGGGAGAAGAAAAAGCUCAGGAGUAAACCCUACACAAAUCUGGGGUGGAAUCCCUAAGAUGGUUGGAUGCCUGCAUGCCUCCUUCUGGCAACUCCUGCAGCCAAGCUGGUGCCAAACAUGUUGCUCUGCUUUCCUUUGGACCACAUCAGUGAGGCCAAGAGGGAGGUUUUGUUGUCUGGGCAGUUCAGGACCUCCAAACAAACUGCCCAGGCUUGCGCCCAGCGGUGGGGGUGUGUCACUUUGGUGCUGUUAACGCAGCGGUUUGACUUCACCCUUGGAAGCAUACUCCAUUGUCUCUCAAGACAGAUGGAUGCCAGUAACAACAAUUCCCAUCAUUCACUGUUGUCUGCUAUGACAAUUUAAAGAACUAGCCUAGUUUGCAAUGCAAAACAAUCAGAGUACAGGCCUUCAAACAGGAACCAUCUUUAUGCUGCAAUCGUAUAUUCAUUCAUUCAUUCAAUGUCCAUCAGUCUCAAUGUUUAACUUUGGCUGGAUCAUGAUAUGUCAGCAUCAGCCCUCUAUUAAUUGCAAUUAACAAAUCAGGAGAGAGAAGUGACACCGCUGCCUUUCUUUAAAUAAUUCCAUAAAUUGUCUUUAUUUUCUUAUUCCAUUUCUUUUUCAUUUUAUUGUCAAACAGAAGCUUCAAUUCAUAUAGGCAAAUAAGUAAAGGUCCCAGCUGAGGUUGGUUUAACAUUUUUUAUUAAACACUUUGGUUUCUACAGUAGUACAGCUGGGGUUUCAAAUGAAUGCUUGGAGCCAAGGUGAUACAAAAAUUAGAAGAAAAAUGUAAACAGAAAGAUGUAAACAAUCCAGUACUUAUUUUGAUGAUGAAAACUGCCUGCCAUACAAUCCCAGUAUCCUCUCUCAGUUCAUCAUUUCACUAAAUUGCAUAAAUUUCCAAGGACUAGAAAAACCUGUAAGUGACUUCCUGGCCAACAGCUGUAUUACAUUAUCUUCCAGUACUGAAAUUACACUAUAGCCUCAGUUGGGAAUGAAAUAAAUCUCUCUCUCUAUCUCUGUACGUAAUGGGGCAAUUCCAUAGGAUAAUGAUUGCUAACAUAUAUAAUGGAUAUGUGUGCAUAUAAUCCCAAACUAAUGGGAUGGAACUAAUGGGAUGCCAUGGAACAGAUGCUCAAAAACUCCACAAUAAUGCCACACCUUCUGCCAUUGGCUGAUUGCAGAUUUUUGCAGCACUAAGCACUAUAUGCUCUUAUGAGUAUAUUCCCCCAUCCUGUUCUAGGUUAUGGUAUAGUUCGAGAACAGUUUUACCAUGUGCUGGAAGUCGUUUGUCCAGAGAGCCUUUCAAGUGAGGCUUUGAACCCAGAUCUCAGCAGUCCAACCUCCCACACUGCAGGUAUUACCCCUCAAUAGCCGUUGGUCUGCCUAGAGCAGAAAUAGCCAAAAUGGUGUCCUGCAGAUGUUGUUAGACUAUGACUCCCAUCAUCCGUUGUCCAUGUAAGAUGAGGUUGAUGGGAGUUGUAGUCCCAACAAUAUCUGGAGGGCACAGAAAACCUCGUCAGGAGGAUCUCUCAACAAACUGAGUGGCCUUGGGCAUCUAGCUGCUUCUCCACCUGACAUAACUCACACAAAGGUUGCUGUGAGAAAGGUUGCUGGUACCUAUCAGCAUCAACAAUACUAGGCUAAGUGGCCAAUGGUCCUCAUAAAAGUCAUCUUUUUAGGUUCAUCGACAACUCCAGAAGUUCCAUCCCUCCGUAGAGCUGCACCUUCAUUACCUGUGCUAGUAGUAUGCCUAUCCAAGUGCUGUCAAGAAAGAGGCAGAAGGCUUAGUGCUCCCUGAAGAUCCUCAGUUAUGUAUGGAUCCAGUGUCAGGAAUGGAUCCAGCUAUUAAUCUGAAACUCUGCUAAGGGCCACCUUACAGAUUCAUGUUAUUCUUAACAUGGAAACUACCUGAAGCCUGCUUGUGAAUACCUAAGAGAGUGAGAAAACGGCCAAGAUUGGAGUAUUUAGCUAUAUGGGAUAGCUGUUUCUAACUCUUUGUCUUCUUUACCUAUAAAACAAGCCCUCAAUUGUACAAUAUAAGGAGGAGAUCGAUAGUUAAUAAAAAAAAUGCUGCAAUACUUUGAAUCUCAGAUAUUUCGAAAGCGUGGCGCUAAUUGCAGUUACAUUCUCUGAAUAGUGCCCUGCUAAACUCUGUGGAACAUUAAUGCACAAAUGGUUUAUAGGACAACUUGAAAAACUUGUCUGGAGCAACAGUAAUUUGUAGUCAUAUUUCUGCAUGGCUGACUUUCAUUUCCUCAUAAAUGCUAAAAUAAUGAAUCAACUUUGAGCAGAAAAUGUAAUUAGCUUGUUCAGAAAAUAUGGCCAGUGUUACUUUUCAGUUAUCAUACAGUGGCCUCCGUCUCUGUAUAUUUUGCCUGACAUUUUCACUCAAGCCUGCAAGACUUGAAUCUUGCACAGACCCCAUUCAUUUCGAAAGGGUUUGGUGCAGGAGACCUUAUUGAAAGAGCAUGCCCGAGAUAAUAAUUCUUCAGGGAGCUGGGUGCUGAUGUUGGCUUUCGGUGUUGCAAGUUGUUUGUGUGACCACCCACCCUAAUAGAAUUUAAUAAAUCUGGCAAGGCCAUUAUGGCAAAUUUAGCAAGCCUGUUAGAGGAGUUUUUAAUAGUUUUACACAGUAAUUGUAAUGAACGAUGAAAUGAUACGUUACAAUAAACCCUUCUUAUUGUAAUGCAUAUCCAUAGUUCUCAUUACUGUAUUUCAUGUCUGGCUAAGGGGAAUGGGUGCAAAGAAGAAAUAGAAGAGUAAUACUGCUGCUUUCCAGUAGUGCCAGGCAGAGGCUGUUGGUUGCCUUCAGUGUCUAUUGUGCAGAGUUAUGCUUCUUCUUGUACUUUUCAAACUCUUCUGCAGACAAGAGGAUUUGGGCAACUGAAUGUUCUCAUACAGGUGAGAACCAGCGCAGUGUUGUGAGGGUUUUGGACUAGGACUCAGCUACAUUCGUAAAAAAAACCCAGCGUUUUAAAUGCGUUAUACACUUGCAACACCAGAUGGCACUGUAGAGCACAAAACUUUUCUAUGCGAUUUCACAUACCGUUUCCCCCCCUUUUGCUAUAACGAUUGAAUUUAUGACUUAUUUAUAGCACACACCCCCUGUGUAGAUCCACCGUAGGAUCUGGGAGACCAGGGUUCAAAUAUACACAGGAUGGUUAGAGCAUGGUACUGAUAAAAUCAAGUUUGCAGGUACGAUCCCCGUAUGGGGCAGCUGCGUAUUCCUGCAUUGCAGAUGGUUGAACUAGAUGAUCUUCAGGGUCCCUUCCAACUUGACAGUUCUACCAUUCUAUGCAUAACUCUUACUGGGUGACCUUAGACUGGCUUGCCACUUUCUCUAAGCCCAACCUCCCUCACAGGAUUGUCAAGAUGAAAUGGUAGCUGUGAAGAACCAUAUACACUACCUUGAGCUCCUUGGAGGAAAAGUGAGAUAUAAAAAAUUACUAAAUAUCAACAUUUGCUAAAAUCCUGCACUGCUGUUAAAGGCACACUCCCAUUGUGAUUGGCUCUCAACCUCCUGCCCUUUACAUUUCAGUACCUUUUCCUCCCUCUCUGCUCUUGUGGAUGCACUUUAUAAGCUGCCAAGCCUUGCAGUUAGCUUCCCCCGAUCUGCAAAUGCUUGCAUGCUGUUUUCUCAGUGAGGUUCCUGCUGCUGAGCAUCUGCUUGCUAUUAAUGCCGCAGCACUGAUCGCUUGUUCCAUCACUAGUGGAAGCAGUGAUGGAGAGCACUUUCCACUGCAUUAUUCUAGAUUGUUGACUGAGGCAUUCUGUUCUUUCCCCAGUAACAGUAUAUGCAUUUCUUGAGUUUUCUGAACUAGUUUUAAUAGUGUUGCUUUCCCCACCCCCUUACCCCUAAGUGUUUUUAAUUGUUCUUUCAUCUCUUUCAAACAGCAUUCUAAAACUAGUUUGGGGGGAAAUGUGUUCACAGGGUAAAAACAUUUCCAGAAACCUUCCAGUCUGUGGAACAAGUCUUUAGAGACUUCAUCAGAAAACUGUGGCAUUGUUAAAAUGAACAGUUUCAGUUGUGAAGAAGGAAAACAUGGAUUUUAGGGGGGGGAAACCCUGUUACAAUAAAAUAUUAUGAGCAGUGAUCCAUAUACCCUUCUUGCAAUAUUCAGUGCUGGAUAAGAAUCCCGUGCACUUAAUCAUUGAAAGUCUAGGAUUUGGCAGCCUUUCUGAAGCUAAGCAGACUCGAGACUCUGAAGUUCCUGAAUAGAAAACAAUGCACACGGCCUUUCCUUCCUUGAAAGAAACCUGUCUCGCUGCCAAAGGAUAAAUUUACAAAGAGCAGGUUCAUAAAGGAGAAGAUGGUCCCUUGUUUGGAGCUUUACAGGUUAAAACCAAUGUUUUCGGUUGUGAUGAUACUUCAUCUAGUGAUGAUCUUUUAACACUGGGGCUUGGAAAUAUGACUUAACAAGGGUGAGUAGUGAUUAACAGCCAAGCACUUGUGCUUGGAACUUACUGCAGCCUUCAAAGAGUCUUUGCAAGUAUCACCACAUAAAGUACAUUCUAGUAAUCUCACCAUGACGCCACCAAGCUGUGGGAUAUCCAGCUUCAUAUAACCAACAUGCUUAAGUCUAAUUAGUGCAUGAAGGGGUUAAUGCCAUAGAGUAUGCUGGCCUGCUAGGCUUAGCUAGGCUACUCCCCCUCACCUUGGGAGGAAGGCAAUCAAGGCCUUUGUUCACCUCAGUCUACCAGAGAAGCUCAGCGUGUGAAGAGGCUAAACAAUCCUUUCUUCUGUUCCUAUACCAAUAAUUUAGGAACUUUCAUCACUGUAACUAAGCCAGGUUUCACUGCCUGUGUGCUCUGAUGGCUAUAUGGAAAGUUACUUAUUUAUUAUUUGUUAAAUUUGUAUGGUGCCCUUCAUCCAUAGAUUUCACAAGAUAAAAAUGCAAAACAAAAAAAACAAAAAAUACAUAAUAAAAACAAAAACAAAACAGUGACUCCCUCCCCCCAGGAAAUGCACAUGAACUGGACCCUUGAAGAGUUUGUAAGUAAAGCUAUUUUUAACUUACCAAAUAUGUGUCUUUUUCUAUGCUAAGGGAAGUGGGGAACCUUGGAAGGAACUUAGAAGAGCAUAUUUUAAAGGUCUAACAGCCUAUAUUUCCAUGCUUUACUUUGCUGCAUGUUUGUGAUUUUGUGACUCUCACCAAAGAGUACUUGCCCCAAACUUGAAUUCUGGCAUCCAGGAAUUCAUCUUUUAUAUAUCUAUUUUUUUCCUUGCCACCAACAUGCCAUAGACAGCUAUAUCAAGGUUAAAGUUGGAAAUAUGGACGUGGUAGCCACAUCAUAGGAUCGUUUCUUGCUACUUAGAUCUCUCAAUGCUUUUAGAGCAGAACAGGUCUGGCAUAAACUGCAAGUGUUCUUCCACUGCUUUUGUAUCAGAAAGGUCCACAUAAAACUUUAGAAACCACAUUUUACACUGUAGUCCUGCCGUCACAAUGAACUGGAAGGGUUUUUAUUUAUUUGUUUUAAUUGCUCGUAAAAUCAGUUUCCACUGUCCCUGCAGAAAACACUGCUUCGGUCAUUUCGAAAAUAAGUCAUGCCUUGUAAUGCAGUGUGCACAUUAGAACAGUAUUACUUAAACCAAUAAAGUUCAUUUUUGUUCCUACUUAUGCAAACUUUGGCAUUUUGAGUAUGAUAAUUGCAUUAGUCUGGCGACAGGGAAGCAAGAAACAGGGGCUAAUGACUCCUGAGGAGCUUCAUUUUUUCCCCUUUCCAGGCAAGUCCACAACCUAUUGGUCCCUGAGCUCUUGGUUCUUAUGGGUAUGUGAUCUGAUUCAUAUUGAAUUGAUUAUAGUUAAUGGUUUGGAAAUUGUGGGAUGUGGGUUUUGACUUGUUGCUUAUAUUUCUGCACUCCAGGAACAGUGCCAUCCUAAUCUUGAUUUAUUCUUGUUGAGCAGGGAUAGGAUUGCACGUAAACUCCCCUUGCCCCAUCAGAGUUCAAAGGUAAACCAGGCAUAGAGAACCCAUGGUGGUAGCAGAUUCCAUAGUUUAACUGUGUGAUGUAUGAGUACAGUGGUGCCUCGCAAGACGAAAUUAAUCCGUUCCGCGAGUCUCUUCGUCUUGCGGUUUUUUCGUCUUGCGAAGCACGGCUAUUAGCGGCUUAGCGGCUAUUAGCGGCUUAGCGGCUAUUAGCGGCUUAGCGGCUUUAAGAAAAAGGAAACAAACUCGCAAGAACUCGCAAGACGUUUCGUCUUGCGAAGCAAGCCCAUAGGGAAAUUCGUCUUGCGGAACGACUCAAAAAACGGAAAACUCUUUCGUCUUGCGAGGCAUUCGUCUUGCGGGGCACCACUGUAAGUACUUCCUUUUGUCCGUUCUGGAUAGUCCAUCGUUCAGGUUCAUUGGUUGCUCUUGAGUUCUAGUAUUAUGAGAGACACAGGUGGCGCUGUGGUCUAAACCACUGAGCCUCUUGGGCUUGCCAAUCGGAAGGUCGGUGGUUUGAAUCAGUGUGAUGGGGUGAGCUCCCGUUGCUCUGUACCAGCUUUUGCCAGCCUAUCAGUUCGAAAGCAUGGCAGUGUGAGUAGAUAAAUAGGUACUGCUGUGGCAGGAAGGUAAACAGUGUUUCUGUGCACUCUGGUUUCCGUCACGGUGUCCCGUUGCACCAAAAGUGGUUUAGUCAUACUGGCCACAUGACCCGGAAAACUGUCUGUGGACAAACGCUGGCUCCCUCGGCCUGAAAGUGAGAUGAGCGCCACACCCCAUAGUUGUCUUUGACUGGGCUUAACCAUCCAGGGGUCCUUUACCUUACCUUUUACCUUAAUAUUAUGAGAAGGAUUUCUCUUUCUUCAGUUUCUCCACACUAGGCAUAUGACAAGUCCUGUGUUCUCUUUGAGGUUGUUCUUGCCCCUGGUGGGUUGGAAGACAUUAUUUAAAUAUUUUAAAAAUAAUUUUAUAAGUUGUGUGUCCUUGUUUUCACAACUGGAUCCUUUUACAUGGUGUUUUUUUUGGUAUUUCAUGCACUGUGAAUUUCCAUUAUUUUUAAUGAUUGUUGUUUAGCAAUUAUUUAUUGUAAUUGUUAAGUGUAAACUGUUUUGUUAUUAUUUGAUUAUAUUUAAUUUUACUGUUUACUAAUAUAUUCUAAUGGGUUAUUGAAUAUUCUUUAUUUGAAAUAAGCUGUUUAUUUUAAAGAUAUGUUUUUCUUAUGACUUUUUUUUUGUAUUGGAUUUGAUUGUUAUUAGGUGUGUGAUCCUUGUGGUCUGUUUUGUUGUUUUUUCAGCUUGCAAACCACCUUGUAUAAAGGCAGUAUACAAAAUAAAAGUGAAAUGAAAUGAAGACACAAUUGUGUCAGUCCCAGCUACAUGGACUUCUUAGAUUUCUCCAUGGAUUUAUAUGGACAUUCUCAAUUCCAUCCCUGGAGACAUUUAGAAAUAGUGAACCAGGAAGUGACCUAGCCAGACCAUGGUCCUUUCUAACAUGCAUGCAUACAAAGUUAUGGCUUUAUGACUGUUUCUGCGCCUUCCUCUUCCAGCCACUCCAGCCUAAUCCCACCCAGUUAUCAUUCCUCUCUGCAAGUUUUUCAGUAUUCUGUGCGUUGAGUUCUUAUCAAGAUGUUUUUGGGGGCUAUUGCCCAUUGCAUUAUUUAUUGCAGGUUUUUUUGCACUUGUGGUGUACUUUGCAGAUCUCUCUCUCUCUGUCUGCCUCUAUCUCUGUCUCUCCCCCUCUCUCUGUCUCGUGUGUGUGUGUGUGUGUGUGUGUGUGUGUGGUAGCUUUGGCACUAACACAUGAAGAUUCAAAGUGGUAUUAUACACCCACCCACCAAAACCUGUGCCCCCCAAAAAAAUUAAAUAAGAGAUUACUUGUUCCCAAUGCAAAUAGAGAUAAUGAAUGUUCAAGCUCCUUGCCUUAUGCUAAGACAUUUCUACAAGAUAAGGUAGCAUGUUCUCCAAGACAGCUUCAUUUGUAGCAUUCUUCCUGUCCAGACUCCAGCAAAAGGCAAGCCCGAUUUGGCAUCAUAUGUCCUGCUCACCUGUUUUGGACCUUUGCUUGUCCUGUUAAAUCUCCACCACUCCCUGUCGUCUUCCGCCUACUCAAGCAAUUGUUCCGCCACAAAAGCUGUGUGUAUACCUAAGCGCAUUCACUUCAGGCUUGCUACAAUCUGACCUUCUUCCCAUAGCAAAAAUUUCCUUCUAUGGCUAUUGGUUGCUCAACUGGGUGUUUGCCAGUUUUCAAGCUGGCUACACUGUUCGGACCUCUCAGUUACACUUCACCGCAGCUCAUUUUGCCUGCUCUUAAAUGUGAGAAAAAAUUGAAAAUCAAACAAUUUUAUCAAGUUGAUGUAUAGAUAGGUAGAUAUGAAGAAGGAUAGAAAACUCAAUUUCUUGUGGUUUUCUGGAAUAAGCUUAAGCAUUUCUGGGGUGAGAACAUGCCACGACAUUUCCCCGCCCUUUGGAUCCCUGCUGCAUGGAGUUAAGAAGCCUGCAGCCAAAUAUUUUGGCUGGUUAUUUGAAAACUAUAUGUGAACUUCAGCUUUUCUCACAUCUGCGGUUCCAACUGCACCUCUCUGUGCCCAUUUUCGCUCUCAGUUUUCCGUCCCCUCUUAGGGACAAAGUACACGUUAUGUGAGAAGUGAUAAUAUACAUUUAGAAAAAGCGGGUGGGAGUUGGCAUCUGUUACCACAUAUUUUCCCCAACGGCUUUGCCCUAAAUGUAUGUUUUUCCUCUUUCCUCUUUCCCUGUGGGGAAAGGGUUAAAACAAGGAUAGGGAACCUCAAGAUCUGGCUGGACUCCAGCUUCCAUCAGCCCCAGUCAUCAUAGCCAAUGGCUAUGGAAAAUGGUGUACAACUGGAGGAACAAAGAUUCUCCACUCCUGGGUCUCACUCCCCAUCCAAGUCCAGCACUAGUAGUGAUUGGGCACCUGCUAAGACCAGCCUUGGCAGGUCACCUACUGUCAGUCAGAGCUUCCUGAGUCAUUUUGGAGGCACGUGGAAGCAAGGAGGCUCCCCAAAGCACACACCUUAUCAGGGACAACUCCUUGCCCUUCUCUCAGGCUCUAGGUCCUGAGUCCAGGCUCUAGGUCCAAAGCCUAGCAUGUAAGGGAUGAAGUCCUGUACUUCUCUAAAGCUUAGGAAAAUAUCACUGUGCUUCUUUCUGAUAUUAGAGGCACACGGAAGCCCAACUGGGUAGUCUCCUGUACUGGGUUGCACAGCAAGCACAGAGCAUUGUUUGCCAGUUCAGACAAGACAGCAAACACCAUGGUCUGGUGAAUGAGCAGUGAGGAGCCUCAACAUGUAGAUUCACCUCUCUCCUUGUAUGCAGUCUGUGGCUCCUCACAGUUUGUUCCUGACAUAUGAUAUAUGAAACAUCUCACAAUUCUCUCUCCAGGGUCAAGUCCUGGGAAACCCAAGCCUUCCAGUUUUCAGCAGAAGCUGAAAGAUGGGAAAUGCAGGGCAGAAGUCCUCCUUCACUCAGCACAUAAUUAAACUGGAAUUUGCUGCUACGGGAUAUGGCAAUGACCAAUAACACAGAUGCUUUUAAAAGGGAGUUGGGCAAAUUCUAUUUUGUUUUAUUUAUUGAAAUAUGUUUAACCCACACUUUCAAUAAAAGUAUAUUAAUGAAGUAUACAACAUGCAACAUUAUGAGUAAAAACACCUGUAGAAACAUCAGUAAAACCUCUGUAAAUAUUCGCUAGUUCAGUUGCUAGCAGGCUAGUCUAUUUUCCAUCUUAAGAUGGUGUGUGAACAUUGAGGAAACACAGCAAGCUGUUGAUGCAGGAAGAGACAAAUCUUGCUCCCUUGCCAGCUUGGCACUGUAACUCAGUGAGGUUUCUUCAUGUAGGUGCUUCAUGUAGAUCAUGUGGGAAAGAUAGUAGAGGUGGGAGGUUGAAGCCUCCUCUUCUCACAAUCUCCUGCCUCAUCUGAUCCAUGGGAAACAGCUGGGAGGCAGGGGAAAUGGGGGACGGCAGGAAUGCCUGGAGGUUCCACAUCUAUGUUCUGCACAAUUGUACUGUAAGAUUAAAGCUCAUCACAAACGUGAACAAAGGUGGCAAACAAGACAGUAAUGUGGUGGGUAAAAUCAAUUCUGACAAAGGUUGAAGACAGUCUUUGAGGCAUGGCAAGCUCAUAACUGCGUAAGCAGGCUGUUCAGCUUAUAAACAGCAACUUGCAGAACAGACAAAUGUUAGUUCAAGCUAUGAGGAUCAGUGUGGUAGACAUUUGACUUGCGGUAAGCUGCAACUGUUGAUAAAUUUAUGGUGUAAAUGUCAGCAACCCAGGGCUUCGAGAAAUUUGGGCAGCCUGAUCAUUAAGAAAAGUAAAAGGCCUCUCCUCCUUUUUAUUGGCGCUUGUGUCAGAUUCAGAUGAUCAAAGGCUACACAGAUCACUGCAGAAUGUGUAAUGCACGGCUACAGACACCAAAUAAUUCAACACUAAUGAUGAAAACAGCAUCCUAGCUACACAGGGGAGAGUUGCAGUGAUUGAGAUACAGGAGACUGCAGAACUGCUCAGAACCGGGGAAAGGCAUGGACUGCAUUCACUACUUGUUUAUAUAUUAGAUAUAAAAGAAAUAAACUCCUCGACAGUGGCCUUGUUCACAUAUUACACUUUUCAUGGAAAUUGGCACCCCCUGUGAUUUAGCUGUACCUUGCAACCAUAAUACCAGCAUAACUCAAUGUGUUAUUUGCUGACAUCAAAAGUUUCCUUGUCCCCACCAGUGACUGCCAAUGACUCAGUGGCUUGCUUUGUUUGUUUUUCUCAGAGGGUUGUAUCCAUCUUCAUUUUCACCCUUCUACCUUUCUCCUUACCUAAUAUAGAUAAUUCCUUUUGUUGUGGAGAGGUUGGAAGCAAGGCAGCAGCAAAACACUUGAAUAUACAUAACUGGGCAGAAACAUAGAUCGAUAUAUUUAAUAUUGACCGUAAUAGUUUCUCUUUGGAGACUGUGAUGACUUCCGUCAUUUUCUUUAUUCAGUCACAUUCAGUCACUUUCUUUAUUCAUGCACUGUAAUAUAAGUCUUAACGGCUAAUAAAAUGUUCACCAUCCCUAAUUUAAUCCAAGGCAAUACCUGCAACUUUUCAUGGGCCAGCAAGAGAUUUUACGUUAAAUCCUAGAUACUAUUACAGAAACUUUAUUUAUUUUAUUUAUUUAUCUUUCUUUCUUGAUUUAAUCUCUCCUCCCUCUUAAGCAGGAGUCAGCAAACUUUUAAAGCAUUCGGCUGGUUCGCUGUCCCUCAGACCUUGUGGGGGGCAAGACUAUAUGGGGGGGGGAAUGAACGAAUUCCUAUUCCCCACAAAUAACCCAGAGAUGCAUUUUAAAUAAAAGGACACAUUCUACUCAUGUAAAAACACGCUGAUUCCCGAACUGUCUGCAGGCUGGAUUUAGAAGGCGAUUGGGAUAAGGAUGAAAUGUGCAUCUAUCUUAUAUAGCAUUCUUUUACUUCGGAGGUUGAGUUUACAGUCGGUGGUGUUGUUGCGAAUGGGCUUCAGGGCAGAAGUCCAGGACCUUACAGAUGAAGGGGCUCCCAGAGUGAAUGAUGGCAAAUAAUGAGGACAUUGGCAGGAGGCCUCAGAGCAAAGCAGAAGCGGCAGUCGAUGUGCCUCCAGCCAGCCAUCAUCCUCUCUUGCAUGGAAUGCCUUUGAGCCAUGAGGCUCAGAGACAUUGUGAGCAAACAAAGAUGACAGGGAGCUGGAGGAGCAUCCCUUGCAGUGAGCUCUUUGUGACCCAGCCUCCCCAUCUAAACUCUUUCCUGCUUGUUAAGCAUAUAGGGGAAGGACCCUUUAAAAGCCAUCCUUUCCCAUCUAGUAAGCUUAUUAAGAGAGCAGAACAAGGGGAUGGCAGGCAAAGAGAGAGCAAAGCAGCCAAUCCAGGACUAUGUAAAAUCAUAUAAUCAUAGAACUGUUAGAGUUGGAAAGGACCCCAGGCGUCGUGUAUUCCAGCUCCUGCAGUGCAGGAAUCUCAACUAAAGCAUCCAUGACAGAUGGCCAUCCAACUACUGCUUAUAUGGGUGGGGACAGAUCAGCAGAGAGUGAGGUGAUGCAGUCCCCACCUUGCAAAAAGGCACCCUGCCCAAGCCUGACAGCGCUCCUGAUCUACAGUAUAUAUUACAAUGUGAAAAGUCAUUUAGGUUCUCUCUGAUACUUUUCUAAGGAUUGAAGCUUGCAGAGCAUCCUAGGCGGUAUAAAUUAUGAACAUUUUCCAUACGACUAAUAAAACGUGUCCUGCUUGAGCAAACACCUUAGGCUUUGUUUCCUGUGAAUCGAAUAGUGCUUUAAGCAGAGCAUGACUUGUAUUUUUCCUGCUAACAAAGUGGGAUCGUUUCUAUUAGCACUUUACUAGGUUUAUAUUGAAUGGGCACAGCGUAAUAAAACAGGGUGGCUUCUGAAUUAAUCAGGUGUCCCUUAGCUAAGCACUGGCAGAAAGCUACCCGGCCUUCCAAUAUUCCCUUCCUUUCCUUGUACAUAGUGCUAGUUUGCAGUCAAGGAUGCCUUUGCCUGCUCUUCAGAUCAAAGAAUUAUGGAGUUGGAAGGAGGGACCUCAAGGAUCAUCUAGUAGUCCAACCCGCUGCAAUGCAGGAAUCUCAACUAAAGCAUCUAUGGCAGAUGACCAUCCUACCUCUGCUUAAAAACCUCUAACGGAGAGCCCACCACCUCCUGAAGGAGUCUGUUCCAUUGUUGAACAGCUCUUACUCUCAGAAAGUUCUUCCUGAUGUUUAGUUGGAAUCUCCUUUCUUGUAACUUGAAGUCAUUGGUUUGAGUUCUAUGCUCCAGAACAGGAAAAAACAAGCUCGCUCCUUCUUCCAUGUAGCAGUCCUUUAGAGCACACAGGAAGAAGGGAGCAUACAUCUCUAAAUGGGUUUUGCCAGACUUUGUUUGUUUAACUCUUUUGCUGCCCAUUGUUGGGCCAAAGUCAUGGAAGCAUCCCUCAGGUUGGUACCAACUCACCCAGCUUUUGAAGGUGUGCCUGCCCAGACAAGGUGAUAUGAAGUUAUUCCUGAGAUGUGAAGUGCCCUUUGUAAUUACACUUUCACACUGUCUAAUUCAUGCCCUGAUGUUGCAGUUAUCCAAGUGAUAAUAGUAGUACAUGUGAGAAUUUGGGUCUGCUUCUCAUGCUGGUUCAUCCAGCAACGUUGGGUUAGUGCACGUACGAUGCCCAAUUCUGUUGAGGCAGAGCCCAUAGAAGGGUUGGGAAAAGCGAGGUUCAGCAAGUUAUCUUGAGCCGAUGUCAGUGGGUUGUUGAUACACAGGGGUCUGAAUGUCCUGUGCGAGGUUGGGAAUCAUGGAGCAGAGAGCAAAGGUGGUCAGGGGCAGCAGGUCUUUCAGCACCCUGGACAGAUCACAAAGAGAUGAUUUGUUCCUUAGUUCUAAUUGGGCCUGAAUUCCUUUCUGCAAACCUGCAUCACUGGCUACCGCAACCUUUUACUCUGCAUCUCUGUUUAGUUUACUGCUUAUAACUAGGGUCACUCAGGACACUCACCUUGGUGCUUAAAUCAUGACAUGUAUCUUUGCUGACAUCCAUGCACAUGAUGCCUUUCAUGGUUUAUUUUCUACUAUCCACCUUGAAAGAAAAAUGGAAGGAUUGUGGGAAAUUGUGGCUAAAUAGCACAUAUAACCUCCCGACUUUUCUCCAGGUUCUUUAUUAUUAUCAGCUGAAAGUGUUAUCGAGGCUGAAACAUGCAAGCAGAUAUGCUCAGGGAAGCUCACUUUACACCCCACAGUGUGUUUAGUGGCAGAUCCAUAGUUUUCCCUCAUUGGGAUUUACUAAUGUCUUCAAGAUAAAGUUAAUAACAUAAAGGCUUUUAGCAUAGAUCCUCUCCACAUCCAAUUCCGUCAUAUUUCUACCAUGAAAACAAUUUGUGUGCCAGUGAUAAUGCUGUCUCAAGUCUUAAAUGGAAAGCCUUAAUGCCCAUUUGUCUCUGUGGAUGUCUGUCACUAGGGAACUAGUUAAGAGAUGUCUUGGGUUAACACCGGUGUGCUUGCUAAUGGUCGUAGGGCAGCACUAAAUUUAUUUGUUUCUUGUACGGAUAGCUUUCUUUUUCACCAAGGAGAUCAGAGAAGCAUGUUUAGCCACAUAAUAACUGUCAUUUAGGUUAGACCAGUGUUUCCCAGUUAUUUUGGAGCUACAAUUCCCAUCAUCCAUAGCUGGUCAGGGAUGAUGGAAUUAUAGCCCCAAAACAGUUGGAGACCAAAGUUUGGGUUAGACCAAAGCCAUACAACUUGCAACCCACAAAUUUGAACCAGGGGCAAAGAAAGCAGGAAGCGAUUCACAAAGAAGACAUGAUUUUGGGUUUAUUCUAGAUUGGAUUGCAAAAUGUAGUGGACUUUUGAGACCACUUGCUGCUUUUGCUUUUUAUGCUUCAUAAUCAUAGAUAUAGGGGGUUCCUGAGGCAUGAAGUGCAGAGUGGAUUGGGACGCCCCUGAAACACUAAACAAAACCUCCCCCUCCAGAUUCCUCUUAAAGAUGCAAGCUGAAAUACUCUGUUGAUCUACUAUAUUUCUUUCACUUUUCACCCUAAUUUCAAUGGGUGUACUCUGAGUAGCGUUAUAGGUGCUUGUUGAAGAGUAAGAAGGACUUGAUUAUACAAAUGGGGCUGGCUGACAAACUUCUUGGAGUUUGUGCCUUACCUCACAUCAAUUAGCAUAUUCUGACAAACAGUGUUGGAGAUUAACACCACUUACCCGUUUAAAUGCACUUCAGAAGAAAAGAAAAGAAAAAUGUAAAUAUUGAUUUUUUGAGUCAAUGUGAUCAUGGGAACACAAUGAGCAUUUAAGCAUAAGAUUUUACAAAUCCUCACUAAGACUGCAGUCCUGUACUCACUUAGCUGGCAUGAAUUCCCAUUGAACUCAAGGGGGUUUGUUGCUAAUUAGAUAUUAUGUGGCCUUAUGGAUUCAACCUUAAUCUACCAGCAUCAGUCUUUGAUGUAAUUCUAGGAAUGGAUUUUUCUUCCCCAUGAAACUUGCCUGAUAGAAACAAAAAACCAAAAUCAUUGAUCCAAAUGCCUUUCUGCUUCAGUUGUUGGUGGUAACUGGCUGCAGCAAUGUAUUGGUAGCAACUGAGAUUUUACUGUAGUGUGGGUUUUUUGGGUUUUGAUACUGAUGUGUUAAGUUACAUGCCAGGGUAGCCAAUGUGGUUCCCUCCAGAUGUUUAGCAGUGUGUGUGUGUGUAUACACACACACACUGCUGUAUCAUAAAAAUAUAUCGCAGCAGUUUACAACAAUAUAAAAAAGUAAAACCAGGCAAUAAAAGCACAAAAAGUUAAAAAGAAAUUACAAGCAAACAUUAACAAACCAUUGUAGGGGAUAUACUCUGGUGGAAUAGAAAAGUUUACAGGAGGUAUUUAAAAGCUGGCACAGAAGGUGCCUGUUGAAUCUCUAUUGGCAGGGUGUUGCACAGGACUGGCUGAUGUCAGGGACUGGCUGGAUGAAGAAGAGUGGUAGGAGGCACCAGAAGGGAAACCACCCAAGGGAAACCCCAAAGGAGGAAGGCUCAGAGCCAGGAGAUUGGUGGCGGGACUCUGAGGAGAGGUCAGAUGGAGAAGAGUGGGGAGGAGGUACCAGAUGCUGAAGGGGCAACAGGGUUUAGUGAGCAGGAAGAGUCUGUGACAGGGAAUAGUUCAGACUCGGAGGCUGAAGCAGAGGAGGGGAGUCAAGAGGCUGCAGAAGAAUCCAGGGAGUCUCCCUCUCCUUCUGCAACAAGCUCCUCUCCACCCUGGUCUCCAAGAACAUGCAGAAUUAUGAGGAGAGCAGAAUGGAGGCCAGAGGUGUGCAGAUGCAGUUUGAGACUGGUUGGGAAACAUUCAGGGGAGGAGGAAUCUUAGAAAGGGUGGAUAGCAGAUCUUCAGUCCUGGCAACUGCUCCAUAGGGGCAAGACCUACUGGAAAGUGUGCUUAGACCACUAGUCCGAGUUGUAUGUUUGUUUCCUUGAAUAGAGAGUUAAAUUCACCAACAACGGAGAUCUGCUUCUUUCCUUUCUGACAUGUGUCUGACUCCAGCCCUGACAGCCGAUGACACUAAUGGCUUGGUUUGUCAUUGUUGUCAACAAACCCUCACCAAUUCUGGAAGAAUCAACAGGGUCACACUUCCUGUCUGUUGUCCAGCAGAGGUCAUCACACAGAGCAACCAAAGGAGUUUCCAUGCCAAAACCAGCUCGAAACCCUGAUUGAAAUGAAUCUAGAAAAUCUGUCUCAUUCAAGAGAAUCUGGAACUCUCUUAGGAAUGUUUGCAUCCAUUGUAAGAUGCUUGUUUUUAUAUAAAAACAUGAGAGAAGCAGAUUGUUUUAGUAUUUUGGUUCCAAAUAAUCAUUUCUGAGCCUUAGGAGUAGGGAAAUAUAUCAAAAUGAGGUCUUCUGCUUCUGGACUUCAAUGUCUUCUUGGAAAAAUAAUUCCAAAUGCCACUGUGGGAGUCUUUGCAAUUAAAAGUCCUUCAUGGCAGUGAUUUUUUUAUGCUUCUGUGCCUUCUUGAGUUCUCUGCUGUGUUCUGAUUUAUAGUGGAUGAUGCAGUGUUUGGAGUAAACACGAAGCUGCUGCUAAUGAAAUUUUAAUAAUUUUCUUCUAUUUUCAGGCUCAGAUAUUGGUGCAGUUGAAGUAAGUGACAGCAUACUCUAGACAACGGUCCCAUUCCUUCUUGAGGAUUGUCCAUAAAAUUUCAGAUUCAGUAUUUUGUCAAUAACAACACUAGCAGGGCAAUUCUGUGCAUGUAACCUCAGAGGUAAGCCCUCUGAAUUCAAUGCAACUACCUGGGUAAAUCCUGGGUUACAUCCCAAAUCAAUACUGGGCCAAUACCUUUAUUAGGGACGUGGGUGGUGCUGUGGGUUAAACUACAGAGCCUAGGACUUGUCGAUCAGAAGGUCGGUGGUUCGAAUACCCAUGACAGGGUGAGCUCCCAUUGCUCGAUCCCUGCUCCUGCCUACCUAGCAGUUCGAAAGCACGUCAAAGUGCAAGUAGAUAAAUAGGUAGCGCUCCGGCGGGAAGGUAAACGGCGUUUCCGUGCGCUGCUCUGGUUCGCCAGAAGCAGCUUAGUCAUGCUGGCCACAUGACCCAGAAGCUGUACACCGGCUCACUCGGCCAAUAAAGCGAGAUGAGCGCCGCAACCCCAGAGUCGGUCACGACUGGACCUAAUGGUCAGGGGUCCCUUUACCUUUACCUUAACUUUAUUAGGGCAACCAAAGCAUCACCAAAUAGUGUGCAAAACUUGAGUUCGCCACAACUUUUCAUUUUGUUGUUGUUGUUUAGUUGUUUAGUCGUGUCUGACUCUUAAUGACCCCAAGGACCAGAGCAUGCCAGGCACUCCUUUCUUCCACUGCCUCCCACAGUUUGGUCAAGCUCAUGUUGGUAGCUUCGAGAACACUGUCCAGCCAUCUCAUCCUCUGUCAUCCCCUUCUCCUUGUGCCCUCAAUCUUUCCCAAUAUCAGGGUCUUUUGCAGGAAGUCUUCUCUUCUCAUGAGGUGGCCAAAGUACUGGAGCCUCAGCUUCAGGAUCUGUCCUUCCAGUGAGCACUCAGGGCUGAUUUCCUUAAGAAUGGAGAGGUUUGAUCUUGCAGUCCAUGGGACUCUCAAGAGUCUCCUCCAGCACCAGAAUUCAAAAGCAUCAAUUCUUCGGCGAUCAGCCUUCUUUAUGGUCCAGCCCUCACUUUCAUACAUCACUACUGGGAAAACCAUAGCUUUAACUAUACGGACCUUUGUUGGCAAGGUGAUGUCUCUGCUUUUUAAGAUGCAGUCUAGGUUUGUCAUUGCUUUUCUCCCAAGAAGCAGGCAUCUUUUAAUUUCAUGACUGCUGUCACCAUCUGCAGUGAUCAUGGAACCCAAGAAAGUAAAAUCUUUCACUGCCUCCAUUUCUUCCCCUUCUGUUUGCCAGGAGGUGAUGGGACCAGUGGCCAUGAUCUUAGUUUUUUUGAUGUUGAUAUUUUGCGUUCUCCUCUUUCACCCUCAUGCUAAACCAGCAGUGGGGAAUGUCUGACCUUCAGCCCUAAUUAGGUCCAACAGUUAGUGUCAGCUCUGGUCGCUUCUAACUUCUGAAAAAUUAAAAAAAAUAUAUAAAAGGUGUGUCCAUGUGUGUGCUAAGGAUAUUCUUCAGAUUUGAAAUCUUUCAACAGUUAGUUCCCCUUCAAUAGAUAAGUUGCAUAACAUUGGGAAACUUCAAACACCCAUCAAUAUCUGCUCCCCCUCUCAUACAUGCACUUGAAGAUACGGACUCUUGUCACAUACCACUAACAAGCCACCCAUUUUUGUAUGUAGUUUACAGACAACUCUUUCAGGCUUGAUUUUGAAGGAGCUGAUAAGCUUUCUAGUCCUCCCAGGACUGCAUCCUUGACUUGAGUUCUGAGCAUCGUCUUGGAAUUUGUGGGAUUUCCCUUCCAAAAUAUAUUAAGGAAAGAAUUGUAAGCUUUUGCUAUUGCGUAAAUGCAUACAUAUGGGACGCUGGUGGUGCUGUGGGUUAAACCACAGAGCCUAGGGCUUGCCGAUCAGAAGGUCAGCGGUUCAAAUCUCCGCGACGGGGUGAGCUCCCGUUGUUCGGUCCCAGCUCCUGCCAACCUAGCAGUUCGAAAGCACGUCAAAGUGCAAGUAGAGAAAUAGGUACUGCUCUGGCGGGAAGGUAAACGGUGUUCCCGUGCGCUGCUCUGGUUCGCCAGAAGCGGCUUAGUCAUGCUGGCCACAUGACCCGGAAGCUGUACACUGGCUCCCUCGGCCAAUAAAGCGAGAUGAGCACCGCAACCCCAGAGUCGGUCACGACUGGACCUAAUGGUCAGGGGUCCCUUUACCUUUACCUUUAAAUGCAUACAUAUUGUUUGAAAACUCCAGUAGUAAGCAUGCUAAUAUUUCAGAUAUUGCAAUAUUUGCUCUGUGGGACAAAACAUCAUGGAUCUGCUGUUACCCUGACUUUUGUUAGCUCAAAAUUCACAUCUCCAUUUCUAUCAGCGAUGACUUCAGUGCCAACCAUCCUUUGCUACAUCAGUUGCUUGCUUCUCUUAUUUUCAGGUUUCUACCUCCCUACUUCUUUGAGCUCUCUGCAUUUCCAUCUCUCUCUCUGCCUUCCCUGCCCUUCUGUCACAUCAGUCAGAGGCAUCAUGAACACUACCAUAGCCACAAAAUCCCUCAAUGCAUUGCAAUAUAAAUUGCUGCAGCAAUGGUUUCUUUCUGGCAGCGGGUUAAUUGCUCUAUCUUGUCUGAAAGACAAAUGAAAUAGAUGAGUGCUUCGGUUUUGUUUUAUGGCGAGUAUACCCCUGAUAUCUGGAGCCAGCAUUGGAUUUUUUCUUCUUCUCUUCCUUCUGAGUACAAACAGCAAUCAACAUCAGGCCUCUAAAUAAUUCUAAGCUAAACACAUCCUAUGAGAUAAAUAUUUAUUAGAAAUGCCCAAUUAGGCAGAAAUAAUAGCUAAUUUUCCUUGCUACCAUUAAAAAUGUCGGCCAUUUUCUGCUUCAAGAAGUAGAGAUGUGAGUUGGGAAACAUAAAACAAAAUAUUGCAUCAUAAAACAGGACAAGGGCAAGCACAUUUAUGUUACAUUUUAUUUAUUUACUUACUUGUUUAUUAAAUUUGUAUACCACCCUCUAUCUGAAGAUCACAGGGCAGUUCACAACAUAAAAAUACAAAAUGAGAACACAAAAUACAUAAUCAUCAUAAAAAGCAAACCAAUAGCCCCAACACAUUUUAAAUGCCUUACAAUGUUUAAUUGCAUCAAUCUAAUUACAUGGAUUGGUUUUACCUAAAUUAUGUGUUUUGAACUCUGCCACGCCACUCCUGGCUCCUGGUUGGAUACAAACGAAGGCUGCAAACAUAUAAAUUGCCUGGGACGUAUGCUUUAUUCAAGUCAAUGAGAUACAGAUAAGAGUUGCACUGCAAGUUAGUUGAACUUCAGUCUCAUUGAAAUCCAUUGGAUAAUUUAUUAAUGACUUAAGUCCCCAUUGAUUUAAAUAGCAACUAAGUUCAACUAAUGUAGACCUGCUCCAACCAUCCAUACUUUGUCUAUGCCCCACUGAAUCCUUAGUAGAGCCAGGAGAAAAUGGUACUCAUUGUCCUUUCUGUAUUUUUUAUAUGGUAGCUAUAUUGGAGCUUGCUUGCUUUCUUUCUUUCUUUCUUUCUUUCUUUCUUUCUUUCUUUCUUUCUUUCUUUCUUUCUUUCUCCCUCCCUCCCUCCCUCCCUCCCUCCCUCUCUCUCUCUCUCUCUCCAUUAUCUUUAUGAGGACUUUAAAAUGGGUGCUACUCAACAAAGUAGAUCUGCUAGCACAAUACGUAGGGCUGCAUAAUGGAACUUUCCUUCCUUCUCAUUUCUCUGUGCACCUCUUGAAUCUGUUCCAGGGUUCCCCCAAACGCCUCAGAGAAGAUUAGGGGAGGGCAAGGAGAUGCAUAGGAAGAGGGUAGGAAGGGAAAGUUCCAUCGCGCAAGUGGAAGUAUUUCGUCAGAUACUGCCUAAUGUAAUUAUUCUUUCUAACUGGGUGAGAAAGCUAUGGUAGUGUCCAUUAUAUAAUUUCACAUAAAGCAAAGGGAAUGAGUGUUUAAUGUUUUAGCUGGAAUGUGUCAAGCUUCCUGCUUACCGCAUUGUGUGGAAACACAUCCAGUUAAAGGGAAUCUCAAGCUGUUGGAUCCAUUUACUUUGGCUGCUCAAAGCAGAGCACCCAAUUUAUUCCACCCAGAAGUUAAAUUGCAUUGCUGACAUUUCAAAUGGAGAUGGAUGGUUUCAUUUCAUACUACCUUGGCAUGUUUUGCUGCGCAGCAUCAGAGUUGCACUGUUUCAGCAAGAGUGAAAGGAAUAGGAAAAUGAGACAAGAGAUUUGGUGCACAACUAGCUCUGUUUGUAAUGGAGCAUACAUUCUGCAUAUACUUACAAAUGUUAUUUACAAUUAAGCAGUAUAUAUAAAUGUUGUUAAAUAAAAAUUGUGGAAAGGGAUGACUCAUUUUCUUUAAUUGAUUUCAUACAAUGCAAACCAGUUAAACGUAGAGUCAGACCAAUGCUAGCCUAUUAAGCUCAACUCUUAAAAACAAAUUCAUUUUAUUAAUAUAAUGUAAGACUGUAUUGCUUAGAAGGCAAAAACAAAUUGAUGGCUGGGACCCAAAAAUCCAACCCAUCAGUUCCACAUACCCCAAGGACUUGCUUGCAUUCCUUGAGCUGAAAGUUCACCACACCACAUAGCAAAUUUGCUUUGAAACACAGGGGACAUUCAAAAGCAGGUUGUGUUGUAGUGACAUGGGGUGUGUAUGUCUGAUGUUCAAAGUAAGCAAGCCAAAGAAAUCUUAACAGGCACACUCAAGUCCUGGGGGACCUAAAGUAGCUCUUUGGAUCUUGGCCCAUGACUGCCCUGAAUUUAGUAAAUUGGCUGUGGGUAAGUUACGGGACAUGGAUCAGGUGGCUUUGAUGUCCAGAUCCUACCUUUGUUCCCUACACCACAUUUUUAUGGCCUUAAAAACAAUCCAACACCUGGAUGAAGUAGCUUGGACUUCCAAAGAAGUGUAGCUUCUCAAGAACCAAGUGAAUUGAUGUGAUUUGGUCUCUUAUUACAACUCUGCUACUUCAUUCAUUGAGAGCCAUUGUGGUGUUGUAGUUAAGAGCGGUGAAUUUGUAAUCUGGUGAACCGGGUUCGCAUCCCCACUCCUCCACAUGCAGCUGCUGGGUGACUUUGGACUACUCACACUUCUCUGAAGUCUCUCAGCCUCACUCACCUCACAGAGUGUUGGUUGUGGGGGAGGAAGGGAAAGGAGGGAAAGGAGAUUGUUAGCUGCUCUGAGACACCUUAGGGUAGUGAUAAAGCGGGAUAUCAAAUCCAAACUCCUCCUCCUCCUCCUCUUCUUCUUCAUUCUCUAAUGUAGUCUUUGCCAACCUGGUGCUUUCUGGGUGAUUUGGAUUAUGAUUUCCAUCUUCACCGGCAAGCAUGGUAUCUGGGCCUGAUGGAAGUUGUAUCCCAAAGCAUUCAAAGGGCACCUGGCUGCUGAAGGAUGCAUGAAUAGUAAUAAUCUCUUAAUGUUGGUCCCAUUGCAAGGCCAGACUGUGCAUGUGGCAGAAAGUUGUGUUAAACCUAAACAUGAUGAGCCUAGAUCCAGGAACUAAGCUGUUCCUACUUAUUGCAUUUAUUGCCUAGAAACUUGGAAGAAUAAUUAAAACAUUUCCCCCCCUUUUCUUCCUCUAAUUCUGGUAUUCCAUCUUGACUGUAUGGGACACUUUAAAAGCCUUUUAGCAGGAGGUGGUUGUUAAGAAAAGCAGUCACUAAGAGGAAAAACAGAUUGAGAAUUGAUACUCUGAAAGAUGCCGAAAGUCUGGAAGCUCAACAUAAAAGCUCGAAUUCCAACAGAGUCUACCAAAGAUUAAUAGCUGCUGCCAGAAGCAAGUUUAAAAUCUGGGAAACUUCUAAAGCAGAAGCAGCUCUCAUCCACUUUUCAAGCAUGUUCAUUACACAAGAAACAAAAAAAACACACAGAUUCCUUGCAGUUUAAUAGACUAGUAUUCCUAUUUCUUAUAUUGAUCUGGGGUGGUGAUUGGUUUUGAAUCUCACUCCCCCCCUGUCCAGCCACAAAUGCAGUUCUCUCUAUAUGGUUCUUUCAAAUAACAUUGUUAACAGUUAUGUUUAGAAAAGUAGGCUUAUGCAAUAUAAAAUAAAGCACUGUUCAUCAUCUUUAGGCAGGGUCAGUAAUUGUUUUAUAUUAAAAAAUGUCUUGUCACAUGUCUGCAACCUGUAAUAUACCAACUCCCAGUAAAGUUUCAGGCCUUGUUGAUUUAAAACACAAAGAUUUUUCAAUUUCAUUGUUCUGUAUGGGACAAUGAUAAUAAAGAUAUUAGAGGGGGAAAAGAUAUUUGUCUUUGUUAGCUCAUUUGUUGUUUAGUCAUGUCCGACUCUUCGUGACCCCAUGGACCAGAGCACUCCAGGCAUUCCUGUCUUCCACUGCUCCCCGCAGUUUGGUCAAACUCAUGUUGGUAGCUUCGAGAACACUGUCCAACCAUCUCAUCCUCUGUCGUCCCCUUCUCCUUGUGCCCUCAAUCUUUCCCAACAUCAGGGUCUUUUCCAGGGAGUCUUCUCUUCUCAUGAGGUGGCCAAAGUAUUGCAGCAUAAGCUUUAGGAUCUGUCCUUCCAGUGAGCACUCAGGGUUGAUUUCCUUCAGAAUUGAUAGGUUUGACCUUCUUGCUUUGAUCUCAAGAGUCUCCUCCAGCACCAUAAUUCAAAAGCAUUCAACAACCAGCCUUCUUUAUGGUCCAGCUCUCACUUCCAUAUAUCUUUUGGGAAAACCAUAACUUUAACUAUACAGACCUUUGUUGGCAAGGUGAUGCCUCUGCUUUUUAAGAUGCUGUCUAGGUUUGUCAUUGCUUUUCUCCCAAGAAGCCAGGUGUCUUUUAAUUUUGUGACUGCUGUCACCAUCUGCAGUGAUCAUGGAGCCCAAGAAAGUAAAAUCUCUCACUGCCUCCAUUUCAUCCCCUUCUAUUUGCCAGGAGGUGAUGGGAUCAGUGGCCAUGAUCUUAGUUUUUUUGAUGCUCUCCUCCUUUAAUGUUAGCUCAUAGAAACGAACUAAUCUGGUUUCAUACCUGGCCUGAAAAUCCUUAAAGGCUGCUCAUUAACAGCUCCUGGAUGCUAAGAAGUAAUGGCAAUAUUUAACGGUCACAACUGCUAGGAUCCAGUGUGCAGCAGCUGUGAAACAGGCGAAUUCCAUGCUGGGGAUCAUUAGGAAAAGAACUGAAAAUAAAACCGUGAAUAUUACACGGUUGUUACACAAAUUCAUGGUGCUACUGCACUUGAAAUACAGUGUACAGUUCUGGUCGCCUCAGGAUAUUGUAGUCUUGGAGAAGGUUCAGAAAAUGAUCAAGAGGGUGGAGCAACUUACCUAUGAGGAAAGGCUGCAAUGUUUGGAACUGUUUUGAAUUUAGAGAAAAGAUGAGUAAAGGUGACGUGAUGGAAGUUUGCAAAAUCAUGCAUGUCUUGGAAAAAGCGGAUAGAGAAAUGUCCCCACCCCCCUCUCAUAACACUAGAAGUCAUGGACAUGGAAGAUUCACGACAGAUGAAAGAAAGCAUUUCAUGCACUGCAUAGUUAAACUAUGGCACUCAUUUCCACAAAAGGCAGUGAAGCCCAAUACAUGCAUUAGCAUCUGUUCAGGAUUAGGAACCACACUCAAAAGCAGUCACAGCCAUUAAUGGUGCCUUAUCAACCAUUAAGGCUAGGGAACAACACACACAAACUCCGUUUUCUGUUCACCACUCGCUGCAGGAAAAAAAUCCUAAGGCACAACCUGAGCAGCUCUUAUGUCCUGGUACCUGGGGCCUCCAAUUUUACAGCAGGCUGCUUGAGAAAGGGUCUUCUUCUUCUUCCCCAUUCCUUGAUGUGGGUAAUAUCCAUGCUCUGACCUUUCUUCCCUCUCCAGUUUCCUUUCUUGACUCUAACUCUGCAAGCAAGCUACGCAGCCCACUUCAAGUGGUGUGUUUAUAUUUGAUUCCCUUCACAGUUUGGUUUGCGCCUUGUCUUAUGAGGCUCCAUCUCUGUGUCUCAGCCCUCUCUGCUUCCUUCCCUCUCCGUAGACUUAACCAAAUAAUAGUUAGUCUAAUCUGAACACUAUCUAUAUGCUUAAUAUGCCUAUUUUGGUAAUAAACUGCAUAACUGAGUAGAGUGGUACCUCUGCUUACGAACUUAAUUCGUUCCGGAGGUCCGUUCUUAACCUGAAACCAUUCUUAACCUGAGGUACCACUUUAGCUAAUGGGGCCUCCCACUGCUGCCGUGCCACUGCCACACGAUUUCUGUUCUCAUCCUGAGGUAAAGUUCUCAACCCGAGGUACUACUUCCGCGUUAGUGGAGUCUGUAACCCGAAGUGUUUGUAACCCGAGGUACCACUGUACUCAAAACUCUUCCUUUCCCCUACCACUCAGAAAUCCCAGCUUGUGCUGUGGCAUAUUGCAUGUUUUGGUUAAAGACCCUGAUGUGUUUUCCUUGUGUGUAGGUGUAUGCUCAUGUAGACAAGGACACAUGGCAACAGGGUGUACACUUACAAGAAUUGAAGCUUUUAUAUACUAAAUUAGAAGCAGCUGUCAUUGUGAAUAGUGUGGAUGUAGCCUACACGGUGUCUUGAUAAGUGGCAGAGGAAUGUCUCGUUUUCUACCACUUGCAGUGUUGCUUGAACUCUUUCUGAAAAACACUUUAGACAAAACGCUGACACACACACAACUAGAAACAAUGUCUUGGAUCCCUGCAUUCCCAGGAGCAGAGGUCUACUCAUAGGAGUCUCCCACUGGUGGAAGCAGGGAGAGGAAGAAUAUUGCUUUUGUCAAUUCCCUCUUCCUUCUGCAUACCCUAAUAGAAGAGUUUGGAUUUGGAUUUGAUAUCCCGCUUUAUCACUACCCUAAGGAGUCUCAAAGUGGCCAACAAUAUCCUUUCCUUUCCUCCCCCACAACAAACACUCUGUGAGGUGAGUGGGGCUGAGAGACUUCAGAGAAGUGUGACUUGCCCAAGGUCACCCAGCAGCUGCAUGUGGAGGAGCGGGGAAGCGAACCCGGUUCACCAGAUUACGAGUCCGCCGCUCUUAACCGCUACACCACACUGGCCUGGGGGCAGGAGGAGCAUUGAGGUAGUUCUGGGGACUGUAGAGGGAGGUGGAAUAGAUCGAAAUCAACUUCUUUCAACCAGCAGGAGUACUUUAAUAAUAAAAUGACACAGGUGGAACAGCUUUGCCAUCCCAAUUGGAUUUAACUACCACCACCACCCUGGCUACCAUUAAACUUUUUUAAAGCACCUAUAUUGAGCCACCUUCUGAGUCCCUUCUCCCAAUGCCACAUCCCUUCAGAGACAAGGUAGACAAGGUAGACGUCAACAAGGGGGAACGUUUUUUUGGCUGUGGUAUCCACAUACAGUGGUACCUCGGGUUAAGAACUUAAUUCAUUCCGGAGGUCCGUUCUUAACCUGAAACUGUUCUUAACCUGAAGCACCACUUUAGCUAAUGGGGCCUCCCGCUGCUGCCGCACCACCGGAACCGAUUUCUGUUCUCAUCCUGAAGCAAAGUUCUUAACCCGAGGUACUAUUUCUGGGUUAGCGGAGUCUGUAACCUGAAGCGUCUGUCACCUGAAGCGUAUGUAACCCAAGGUACCAUUGUACUGUGUUUUGGAGUUUUUAAAAAAAUCAUUUUAUGCAGUUGUUCACUUUAUUUGAACUGUACUUUUAGAAUUGUGAUCUUCUAAGCAGCUCCAUAAAUCAGUUCCGGUGAAGGGUGGCCUAUAAAUAUUUAACAUUAAAUAAUUACAUCAAUAACCAGCACCUAAGAGAUCUGAACAAGACCCUCCCACCAUCAUAUCUUGUUACACCUUUGUGCCUUGCUAUACAAUGAGCAUUUAAUGGAAUAAAUGUCUGUCUGUUCCCUAAAUUAUGGUGUACAAGUUUCUAGCUUUAUUCAAAGACAGCCCUGCUGCUGCUGGGAUAUCACUAAUGGAACAACUGAUUUAGAACUACUUUAGAUGCAUGCUGUAGUCUGGUCAGGAGGGCUCUGUCUAAUCCCCCUUCAAGAUUGCACACCUUGCUAUGUUUCCCAUGUUUUUUCAGCUCUUAGUAUGGAUGAUGCUUAAAUAAGGUCAUACCCAGACUCUUUGAGCAUACUUCUGCCUCUCUAACAACCAUAUUUGGACUGGGUGGUGAUUCCUUAGGUAUGCCAAAUAAUUUCUUUCCCCUGUACGCCAAACUCCUUUACUUAUUCCAAAACUGGUUUUGUGGAGACCCUCCUUCUUUAGAAAAGCAAAACUGUACAUAAUUCUUUGCUUCUUUGGCGAUACCUUUUUCCUGCAUGACAGCCUGUCUUUAGCAAUAUGGUGAACAAUUACAUUUCCAAUCUCUUCAUUAAUUCCAUAUAGUUAUUAGAUUUUCAGAGCUUAAAUCUGGAUUGAUAACUACAGGAAGAUGGUGUCAGUUCUUGUUAGCAACAGAGAUGAGUUCCCUCUUUCGUUUUUCUGUCCUUAGAGAAGAGCGAAAUAAUGCUGUUUCGACACUUUUAAUGGCGCCGUGGAAGGCCUCAUGUCUGAAGAAAGACGUGUGCCCUGGCAGCAAAUGAGCCUUAUAGGAAAUAAGAAGCAGGAAGAAAGGUGGUGAUGUUUCAGAAGGGAACUGCACCUGUGUUUCUUUCCAUUUCCCCACACUGCUUGCCUUUUCCCAGCAAUACUGUAUUUGUCGUCUGUUUCUCCCUAUGCCACUUACCUGCAAAACUGUGCCCAGAGUGGCUUACAGCCUAUCAAAUUAGCAAUAGCAAUAAGAAAGUAUUAGAAGCGCCACAUCCCAGAUGAUGCACUUGUCUGGAUAAUUUGGAUCUGGGGUUCAAUCUGCAAACAUCCUGGGACUCCACCCUGUCACUCAGCUGGAGUAAUGCAAACACUCCCAUCCUGGCUUGCAACUGGAAGGGCUUUCUUUAUAGCCACUAUUAGGGUGAGGCGAUUGAACGAUCUAACAUGUGCAAGGGAUUUGUGGGUUUUGAGUGCAAUAGAGAGAUUCUUGUGAAAGCAAGGGGCUCACUUGGAGCUGUCUGUGGUCCUGUAACUUCUGACCUGCCUGACCACCUUGAAGAUCAGUGGGCAUCAGACCUGAGCACGAUGGAUGUCUUUCUUUCAAAUAUUCUGCUUCCGGCAUCAGCCAGAAGCGAUUAAAUUUGAGGAUCGUUACAGAACACAGCAGGAAAGUGAUGAAAUGACUCUCCCCUUUCCUAGCUUUUUUUUUUUUUAAAAAAAUAUUUUUAAAACAAUUGCCAAGCAGAAAGUUUUGCCCUCCAAGACAAAUACAUGCACAGGUGUUAAGUCCUGUAUGCAGUCAUCCACAUGGCAUCAAAACAAACUUGGAAAAUCUUUUACAUUGCAGAUUAAGAUCACAUCUACAGUGUAUACUUAUGAAUCAAAUCAAUAAUAAUAUUUUGUUGUCCUUGUUUCAACUAUUUACUUGUGUUUUUACUUUGUAGUUUUAGUGUUGAGACAAAAAGUAAAAGCACAAGUAGCCCUGAGAUCUUGUGAGGAAAGGCGGUAUAUAAAUCUAAUUAAUAAUAAUAAUAAUAAUAAUAUACUUCAGUCUGAAGCAUUAAGGUUAUUUUUCCAUAGUGGCUGCUGUGACUCAGUAUGCUACUUUGAUUGUGGUGUGUUGCUGUAACAUAGAGUGAAAAAUAGAAUAUUAAAAUGAUAUUUAUUAUUAAUGACAGCUAUUAUUUAUUAAAGCUAUAUGUUGCCUCACACUUCCUUUAGGCAUCUAUAUUGAGGAUUUGACAGUAUGCAGAUUUGUUUAAAUUUAAACCAUUAAUAGGCGGAUGAUUAAUCUUUCCCAAUUUUGUAAUUGCUUGACAACCCUAAUUAAACCCUUGAUACUGCAAGACUGAGAUGUCUGAAAUAUGGGAAUAGAUUUGGACUUGUAACAUAUUUAUUUCACAGGAAAUCUAACUGAAAUUAUCAAAUGACUUGACUCUUUAUCAGUAAAAUUUAUUUCCGCUUUUAAAAUAUCAAACCCUUGUUUAUGUUCCUGAGGAUGUGGAACUUUGUGAAAAAUACUCGGUUUCGUUUUUAUGGGCAAAUCUUAGAAGAAACCAUUUUAUGGUUUGUAAAUAAAUGUGAGCAUGGGAUCACUGGACUGUGCCAGAAAGAGAAAAAGCUCAGCAUAACUGCAGUGUAGUGAAGCUUCGCAGACUCCAAAGCUGGUUUGAUUUGAUAUUAUUUCAGGGUUCUUAGCUGUUGCUGCUUUUUCUACUGGUUCAGCGGCCUUAAUUUUGUUGUUUUACUGCUUUUUUGGAGUUGCUUUUUGGUGUUUCUGUGUUGAAAUCCUUGGAUGCUGAAUUGGCAUUCCUGUUCAAGAAUGAAAAUAAAUCGAAUGUGGUGCCCCCUAUCAUUUGGUUGAGGUCCUUUUAUUCUUCAGUCAUCGCUAAUCUAUACACCCCAGGUUUGUCCCUUAUUUCCUUAGGAGAUUUGGACAACAGAUAGUGAAUUCUAUCAGAUUUUAUCCAGGGUGUGCAUGAGUGUGUGUGUGUAUUUGGUGGUGUUGGGUGUUGGUGUCUUUAUUGUUGAAAAGCCUUUGCAAUCUCUCUGAAGGUCUUUCAGGGUUUUUCUUUAAAAGCAAGCAGCAUUGUUCGGUUUAAUGGUUUUCCUUCUACCGAGGAUUUUCUGCAGAGUGUUCUGGCAGGAAAGUGUUUUGAAAGGCUGUCUUGCAAGUAUACUUUACGCUGCAUACAUUGCGGUAUUAGAAAGAUUCGGGGAGUGAUAGUAGGUGAAGUAGCACCCUUCGUGACCCGAGUGUGCUGAGUCAUGAGAGAAAUCGAUGGUUCUCACCAUGUGAAAAGAGGCCUCUCAUGCAAACAGAUGUUAAGAUAAGCACAUGUGUCCUUCCCAGUCCUGGGGGAAGCAUAAGGGCAUCCUUGGGGAGUUGGUGGAGACCCGGUGGGGCCAACCACUGGUGCCUGUCAUGGGGACCCCCAAAUCAAUGGAAGAUAUCGCAGAAUGCAGCUAGAGGGGAGCCAGCAAAGGGCACAUGGCUACAUGCCCCGUGCUCAGUCAGAAUCUGGUCCUGCUUCUUAGCCUGCCAGGGUCAUUUUGGCACAGUCUGACCCCCUCCUUUGGUAAUCCUCACAGAACUCUAGCCCAAUGGUUGCCUUAAUUUGAUUUUGAAUUGAUUUUAAAAUGAAUUGAUUUUAGAAUGCUGUGUUACUUUUAUUUUUGUUAGCCACUCUGAGCCCGGCUUUGGCUGGGGAGGGUGGGAUAUAAAUAUUAUUAUUAUUAUUAUUAUUAUUAUUAUUAUUAUUAUUAUUAUUAUAUUGAGAGCAUCAAAAGCAAGUCCUUUCAAACUUAGGUGAUCCACAGAAUUGACUUCUUCUUCUUCUUCUUCUUCUUCUUCUUCUUCUUCGCUUCCUCUUUUCUGCUGGGUUAUUGGGAAGGAAGAAGUUUUAUGAUUUCAUGCAUCUAAUUUUAGUUCCCAUUUUAUAAACUGUGCUGCUUUGAAGUCUAAGUAUAUAUCCAAAGAUAGCAGGGCUAAGGCAGAAUUUGGAGAAAGGGCUUGACCUGUAACUGCAGAUUAUAAUGGAGAAUACAUGAUUCUCCAGAAGUUGUUAACGUUCCCACCAAACAUGAAUAAAUGAACCAAUGAAUCCAAGAACUGUUUUUUUAAAACAACAACAACAUUUUUUAUUGGUUUAUAAAUAAAUACAAUAACCAUUAAGCACUUAUCCAGCAGUACAGCCAAUGGUCUUGGAUUGAAUUCUCUGCUAGUGAGUUUUGUAAGGAGCCGCUCUGGAAUCUGCUCACUGCCACUUGUUGGUAAACGUUUUAAAUGUGUGUUUUCAUCUGGAGAGGAGAGGUCUUGCUCAGUUUGAAAACUGGUUGAUGGCUGAGGUCAACUAUGCCUCUGCAACUAGAAAAGUCCUAAGCCUAAAAGAGAAAAACAGAAUAAUAAUAUGAAGUGUUUAAUAGGUAUUAUCAGCUGGGCAUGGAACUAAGUUUUGGAACAGUUUCCUGUGAGUGCCCAGUGAGGGUGGUUCAUAGAUAGCACAGACAAGAGUCUCAGAAGCCUCUCAUAGGUGACCUGGCUUGGUUAUUGUCAUAGGCUGAACCCAACCUCUAGCUGUGGUUCUGCUUCUUUCCCAUUUUAUGAACUGUCAUGCUUUUAUUAGCCUUACAUAAGCUUCUCUUGGGAGCUUUUUUUGGGCUGAGGAGAAGGAUGAAAAAAGCUUCACAUAAACAAAUCUUAGCAUUAUCUCAACAUUUGACCCAAGACAGGCGAGUCAUUGAGGGUAAAGUGAAACAGGAUAAUUUAGAUGUUGCAUGGAUUCCACUUAUAUAAAUAAAUGUCAUGGACCACCAGCAUACCAAACAGCACUCCAGUAAUGAGGAUAAUAACAAUACAGUGGUACCUCGGGUUACAGACACUUCAGGUUACAGACACUUCAGGUUACAGACACUUCAGGUUACAGACGCUUCAGGUUACAGACUCUGCUAACCCAGAAAUAGUACCUCAGGUGAAGAACUUUGCUUCAGGAUGAGAACAGAAAUCGCGCGGCCGCAGCGGGAGGCCGCAUUAGCUAAAGUGGUACCUCAGGUUAAGAACAGUUUCAGGUUAAGAACGGACCUCCAGAACGAAUUAACUUCUUAACCCGAUGUACCACUGUAGAACUCUUUUUAUGUUUAUUGACAAGUUAUUUCAUUCAGCAGACAUGUUGCUCUUUUCAUACAUUUUUUGUUUGUUUGUGGUUUUUUAUGCACAUUUGUUUUGUGGAAUCUUCUAAUGUACUUCUACAAAAAAGAUUAACAAAAUUCUCUUUAAAAAACAAAAGCCAAUUUCAGCUAUUGUUUCAGAUGAUCAAGUUGUUAUGAGUUUUGCCAAAUGCAAUGCAAAGGAUACAUAAGAUUUGCUUGUAAUUUGUGAUGACUUAUGCAAAGGAGAGAGAAGGGGAGCAAGUGAAGCUAUAUGGAUUUGGUCUUAAUUCAGAUUGGGGAUGAGGACGGAAGAGCAGGUGUAAAUCGAGAUUAGCUACUGUUAUGCUGCUGGGAUAAAGGUAAGGCCAGUGGAAACGUUUCUGACAGAUUAUAGCUUACCGUGGUGCAAGAAACUUUUCAAAUGCCACCGGCCCUGCUCUUCCACAUUGGAAUUUCCUUCCUUAAACGUUUCUGAGGAUCUGGAAGUGAAAGUGCUGCUGAGAGAGGUUCUUUGAGAAUAAACAGAGAACAAGCAGAGAGUGAGAAGACAGCCGAUUUUCUUACAGAUUUCCCGUUUUCUCUGAGCUGGAUGAAAUCAUGAGGUGGGUGGGGUGACGUUGGCCUGUGUCUACUCACAAAGCAGGGUGUACCCAUUUCUUUCUUUUUUUUAAAUGAUAUUUAUUGAAAAAUUUUUAGAAUUACAAAAGAAAACAAAGUAGAAAAAGAGAAAGAAAAAACAAAGAAAAAACAAACCACAUCAAACAAUACAAAUCAACAAAAAUCAAAAUCAAAAAAUAGCACAACACGAUCAAAAGACAAAAAUAUACCACAAACAUUCAAAAACAAAUCCAAUAUUCUCAAAUCCUUAACUGUCAUUACCUUCUUUCUUUGACCUCCUCCUCCUCCCUUUUUUUGUAUCCUAGUUGUUAAUUGUCGCAGCAAAUCCUUUCCAUAUUUCAUAAUAUUCUGUCAUUACAUUACCUUAAUCCAUUUUAAUCUUAUCUUACUAUAAAAAACCUUAAAGCUUAUAAACAUUUUUGCUAAAGCCAAAUAAUUUUGUUCCAACAUUUUUCUAACAUUCAUCAAUUUUAUAAAACAAUCCUAAUAAAAAAUAAAAUAAAAAAACAAUCCAAUCUUCAUCCAGCGUCUCUUCCUCCUGGUCCCGGGUUUUGUCAGUCCUUUUUAUCCCAUCAAUCUAGCGCAUUAACCUGGUAAUCUUAUAUCCGAGGCCCUUAAGUCCCUUCCAUGUCCCUUCCGCGGCUCUUCUUCAUAUUUAUAGCUGUAUUUUCCUUUGUCUCCUGCUCCUUUCACUCGUGGGAACUCCAGCUUAACAAUGUUUUUGACCCUCCUCGACAAAUCAGCCCCUUUUCCAUAGUCCACACUAAACUCCAUGUGGUAUUUAAGAACAUGUUUCAAAGUCCCUCCAAAAUUAAGAGCCCCCACAACCCCAAACAUCUCACGGCCCAUUGCCAGACUUGAAAAGUCCAAACAUCCCUGCAUAGGGGGGUCUAUCCAACCCCCCAUUUCCAAACCAAACCAAACUUUAUCUUUCCAAAUCUGGCUUUUUCCAAGUUCAUUUGUCAAAUCCAAGAGCUCAUGUUCCUGCUGGGCCACAGCUCCCUCCAUCUCUGGCGCCCAAGAUUGAGCAACAUCCUCUUCCCUCAUCUGUUCUGUCAGGACACACUCCUGAUUUAAUUCCUGGGUGGGCUCCAUAUAAUUUCCUACUGCCUGUUCAAAAUUUCUGAUCGCAUCAGUCAUCGAGUCCGUCUUCUCAUGUAGCUGUUCCAGUAGGGCACUUGUUUUACAGAGAGCGCACAGCAGAGCUUCUGAAUACAUUGUCCUGCAAGGUCAGAAGUCUAUUCCCACGAUCGUAAUCUGUAGCAGCUGCAAGCUCCCCGAUUCAGAAUUGGUUACAGUUUUACAGGCUCCCUCUAGGGGAAAAACUUCUAUUUGUUCUUUUCUUUUAAAGACAGAUCUAACAACAAAGUUUCCUUUUUCAGAUAUUUUUUCAAUAUUUGUUCCUUUAAAAUGCGAAGGGGAACAAUGGAAUCACUAUGUUUCUCUGGUCAAUGAGCUUCAAAAAACGUCAGUCCUGACACCCCGCUCCAGGAUCAAGACGGUGGAAAGUUACUUUGCUUUACACUCCCUUCUGCAGGUUUAAACAGUCCGGAAAAAUCCCCCCUCUUCUCCUGCUUCCGAAGGGGGUUCAACAAUUUUAAAUGAUGAAAGUUAAUCCUUUACAAGUGAUUUUCUGAGCUCUAGUUUGCCAUGUCUUUGCUUUAAUCUAUCUACAAAGAAAAGGAAGGCUGACUUCCUGUUUAGACCUUCCCGUUUCAGUGCCAAAUUGAAAUAAACUUUUAAGUCCAAUUUUCCUUUCUACUCGCAAGUCCUUAUUUAGAGUCCAAUUGUCCGAAAUUUAAGUACUCACGGGUGAUUGUUUUAAAAGCCAAAUUGUCCCCGGAGAAAGGAAGCGCUCUCUGGCAACGGCUGUGCGGCUUCGCUCCACGGAAGAAGCAGUUGACUCUCAGCACCGCGCCACUUCCCCCUCUUCGCUCCGGAGCCCGUUGGUGGGUUCCUUUGCGGGUUGGGGGGGUGCUAAAGGUGCCCGCCGAGUCCCAUGGUCACAGGCUUCAUCCGCCUGUGAUUUUUAAAAGGGUCCCCACUUCGCCGUAGCGGAAAAGACCCGUUUCCCGUGGAGCUGGUCCCUCCAGAUCAGAGGGAGUCCGCCAUUACAGAUGGCGCCACCCCGGAAGUCUUCUAUCAUUUGGAGAGCAGGUUGUUUAAAUUAUAGUUCCCAAAAUGCAUAUGAUUAACCUACACUGCAGUAGUGAGAUGUCGAAGCUUCUUCAUGCGGUUAACUGCAGCAGCAACCACGUUGGGGUUGUUAUAAUGGAGUGGUAUACAGGGAAUCACUUGUUGCACAGUUAUAUUUUGUGCAUUGGCACCCAAACACAGCGAUGAACAACCCAACAAAACAAUACGGGUGUUAUGUAAUGCUCAAUCUGCUGGUUGCUGGGACCUAUCCUCUGCAACCAGGACAGCUCUGUAACAUUGGCACUUAAGUUGGGAAGGUUAGCGUAGAGAUGGUGCCUUGUUGCACAAGGGGGAAGCAGGGAAGGAGAAGGGCCCAUAGCUUAGAGGUAGAGCAUCUGCUUUGCAUGCAGAAGGUCCCAGUUUCAAUCCCUGGCAUCUUCAGGUAGGACUGGGAGGUUCUGUCCGGAACCCUAUCACUACACUGCCAAUCACAGCCAGAUAGACCCCAAUGGUCUGAUUGACUAUAACGCGGCUUUCUGUGAGUUCCUAUGAAUGUGCCAUGUCACUUAGCUGUCCAUUGUACCCAUUUUUGCUAUUUUAUUAUAGUUGUUAGCCACAUUGGGUGCUGCUUUCAACUGUUCUUUCCACAGUUUGUUUUUAAUGUUAAGUUAAUUUGGUUCUGUCGGUCUAUAACUGGAGGUAAGGCUCAAAGCAGGGGUGGGGAAGCCACAGAUGGCAAGCCUGCCCAUUUGGCUUGUGAAGCCAUUUUCAUAACCUCCACCAUUCCUCUGAUGAAAAUCAGGGCAUGUGUGUUUUGGAGCCACACUCUUGUUGGAGCCAGCUGACACACAUGAAAGCACAGCACCACUCUAAGUGCCAGCUGCAAGUGUUGGCUUAUCUUCUUCCCCGAGCACAGUGUUAGUGGAGGGGGAAAAUGGGACAUUCUGGUAUCAAAUCAGAAGCCAGGACGGCUUCUGCAAUUCCAGGAUUGUCCUGGGAAAAUCGGGACACUUGAAGGCUAUGCAUUUUGUCCAAGCUGCACCCACCUACCCCACACCUGAUGCCAGGUAAAGCUGGGGCUUGGAUGAAAGGGUCUUUGCAGAAACCACUGACCAGCUUUUUAGUAGUGCCUGUAAAGCCCCUUGCACACAGAUUCUGAAGCACUGACAGUCAGCUGAUAAUUGGUGCUUGGGAAGCAUUGUGCAAAGGGGCUUUGCAAGUGCUUUGCUGAUUUCAACCUGCACAGGCAAAAAUAGGUCACUUGGCAUCACUUGGGUUGUCCCCAUCUGUCUAUCAAAUUCAGCCCAUGGAUGUGAGUGGAGAUAAGGAUUCCUCAGCCUUGGCUCAAAGAACCUUCCCUCACACAGGUCUAAGAAAUGCGUUAAAAAGAAAGCAAAGCGAAGCUGAAGACUUAAUUAUUUCUCUCUUUCCCUACAGUAGAGGUGCUGAGAACAGACAUGCCCUCCGACAGCAGACUAUUCUCCGAGAGAAAGGCAGGAGGCUUGCCAAUCGUGGACCGGCAUAUAUGUUUAAUGACCACUCAACCAGCCUUUCUCUUGAAGAGGAGCGUUUUUUGGAAGCGGCAGAAUAUGGCAACAUUCCUGUGGUCCGCAAGAUGCUGGAGGAAUGUACCUCGCUCAAUGUGAACUGCGUGGACUACAUGGGGCAGAAUGCUCUGCAGCUCGCCGUUGCGAACGAACACCUGGAAAUCACUGAGCUCUUGCUUAAUAAGGAGAACCUGUCACGGGUUGGGGACGCCCUGCUCCUGGCCAUUAGCAAAGGUUAUGUCCGGAUAGUAGAAGCCAUCUUGGGUCACCCUGCGUUCGCCGAAGGCAAGAGGCUGGCCACAAGCCCCAGCCAAUCGGAGGUGCAGCACGAUGACUUUUAUGCCUACGACGAGGAUGGCACCCGCUUCUCUCACGACGUGACCCCCAUCAUCCUAGCUGCUCACUGCCACGAGUACGAAAUCGUGCACACCUUGCUGAGGAAAGGCGCUCGCAUCGAGAGGCCUCACGACUACUUCUGCAAAUGCAGCGAAUGCAACGAGAAGCAAAAGCACGAUUCCUUCAGCCAUUCCAGGUCCAGGAUCAAUGCCUACAAAGGUUUGGCCAGCCCUGCUUACCUUUCCUUGUCUAGCGAGGACCCCGUAAUGAUUGCCUUAGAACUAAGCAAUGAGCUGGCUGUGCUUGCUAACAUUGAAAAAGAAUUCAAGGUAAGUUGUUUUGGGUUUUUUUUCUCCUGGGGUUAGGGGUUAGUUUUAUAACAGGAGGCCACUGCUGGAUCAAGCCAAAGAGCCAUCUACUUUAGCCUCCUGUUUCCAUUGGUUAAUGUAAAAACAUAAGAAGAUCCUGAUGGUUCUGGGCAAUGCCCCAUCUGGUCAACCACCGUGGGGAACCUGCAAGUAGGACCCAAACACAAGAACACUCUUCCCUUCUGCCAGGAUAUUUUUUUUUUUGAGGGGGUAUGUGGCUGCUGCCGUCUCUGCCGCCACUCCCACCCCGCCAGAGGCAUUCUGGUGCCACCCGCCAAAGCUGGUCUACUACAAAGUGCUUAUUUUUUCCUCCUUUCAAUGACACAUGGGCCACUCUAGCCAUGUGACUUUGUGGUAGAGAAGGACUUUCCGCUAUAGCCGUAUCCUCCAAAUGUCUCUAGGAAGUCCACAAAUAUGGAUGGAAGUUUUGUCUCCCCAGUGUCUGGAAUUCUGAGAUAUACUGUCCCCCAGAGCAUGUGUGUGUGGGGGGGUCAAUUUAGUUAUGAAAAUGUGGAGCUGUCAUUGGCCACAGGCUAAGAAGCCAAGCACAGCUAAGGAUGUUAUUGAUUACUCAGCCUACAGUGGAAAAAAUAUAUAUUGUCAUGCCAGUUUAAGGGGAAUCUAAUGAACCACCUUUAGAUCACUUUCACAUUGCCAAAGAUGAGGACAAAAGAGGGUGCCAGUUUGCACAAAACAUGUGCAUGCUAAUUUGCAUGUGCAGGUGCAAAUUUAUAAAUAAUUACUUUAAUUUUAACCAUGCAUCUCACCAUAGUGGGGGAGACUGCAGCCUGGUGACCUAUGUGACUGCUUGGUUUGCCGCUGUGCAGGUGAUCACUGCUGAUUGGGAAAAUGCAAGCCCCACCUCCCUCUCCUCCUCCUAAAAUGGACUUGGAGCAGACAGGACUUGUGCCAGUCACCUUUGAAUAAAGCUAGAUGGGUCACUAGUUAAUGUUAUGCUUGUUGCUUAUUUUAAAAAAUGGCCGAUUUCUGUGGCUUCUUUUCCUUCACAGAAUGAUUACAAAAAAUUGUCUAUGCAGUGCAAAGACUUUGUGGUUGGACUUCUUGAUUUAUGCAGAAACACAGAAGAAGUAGAAGCUAUUCUAAACGGAGAUGUUGAGCUGCACCAUGGGGAACACGGACGCCCUAGCCUUAGCCGCCUAAAACUUGCCAUAAAGUAUGAAGUCAAAAAGGUAAGCUCUGGUUUAAGCAGCUGAUUGGGUCAGAAAUGUUUCCAUUAAUUUCCUUCCCAUUUAUCUUCCUAUCCAAGUACCAAGUAUCCAAAUAACACACAGAGUUCCAUGAACAUUUGUCCUUGUCCCAGUGAAUCAGCAUGUGAAGAUAAACUUUCCUGAACUUUCUGGAUAAUUUGGACAUUCAAUUUAGCAUUUAUAUAUCCUGCAGUACAUAAGCGGAAACCUACAGGACAUACAGCCCACAUGCAGUACAUGUUUCAGGGCUAUAGCUAAGUGGUAGAGCACAUGUUUUACACCCAGCAAAUCCCAGGUUCAAUCCCUGAUAUCUCCAGGUAGGACUGGGAAAGAUCCCUUUCUGAAACUUUGGAGAGCCACUUCCAGUCCGACGGAGCAGUGUUGUGACUUGGUGCAAGGCGGCUUAAAGGCAAAUAUCAAUAAUUGGAACUAGUCCUAGAUUCUAACAGACUGCCACUGAAGUCCUUUCAAAAUUGGCAUGUUCUGCAUAAACCUGGGCCACACCAAUCAAAAUUAUAAUAUAGCCCAAUUGCAUUACAGUCCCUUCCCCCCCAAAAAAACCCAAUUUCAAUGAAAUGGAAGCCUUUGAAGGUGUGGAGAGGUCCAUGUGAGUAUCAACUACAUGGGUAUCAACUACUUUGGAGAAAGUUGCUCUAUAGCUUCCAUGAGGUGCCUGCUGUGCAGAUUUUAUUUAAAUGUAGCUAAAGUGCCCUUCACAUUUUCAGAGGCACAAGGCCUCUCCUACAAAAUGCUGUGAUCCAAUAAAAGGGGAUGGAUGCUACCACCGUGCCUAGAUUGAAAAAAUUCCCAGAGGCAUCUUUCAAGCCAUGUCUGAACACAAUUUACACCAUCUGCUUGACCCAACCUGGCAGUUUUUAUUUGCAGUAAGAAUCUUCUAGGGAAACCUGGAGGGGGAAAAAAAUUUAAAGGAUGAAAUUGCAGAAAACGUAAAACCCAGUGUGUUGUCUUGACAAGGAAACUUACUGCCUUAUAUAGGCAUGUGUUGCACACAGAAGCUUCUUUCAUCCACACUGCUGCUCUUCCCUUUGUGAUAAUCACAUGAAGAUUACCUGCAUUGUUUCUGUUUUAAUACCUUCGCUAGCGGCUAAUUAUGAAAUGAGUGGUGGUAAUGUUCUCUUGUAUUCCUUUCCUUUGUCGUUUAGUUUGUAGCACAUCCAAACUGCCAGCAGCAGCUCCUCUCUAUCUGGUAUGAGAAUCUGUCAGGUUUACGACAACAGACGAUGGCGGUGAAGUUUUUAGUGGUUCUUGCUGUUGCUGUUGGGCUGCCAUUCCUGUCGAUGGCUUAUUGGAUUGCUCCAUGCAGUAAGGUACUAGUUGGUGCAAGGUUGCAUCAGCCUUUUAAAACAGUUUCUGUACUUCGUUUGCAUGCAGAUUUGAAAGUGGGCUAAAGUGAAGCAUGCACAAUAAAUAAGAGAGGCACUUAGCAAUGCUUUAGUAGCAAGUUAUUUAUUGUAAUGGUGUGAAGGCAGGAUCACACACCUUGUUCUCAAUAAAAAGCAGCGAAAGCAUUAUGUUCAACUUAAUUUGCUUUUCAUUUGUGAAGGUGGCAGGAAUGGGGGAGAAAACAGUGGCUGAAAGGCAUCAUUUAUGUCUUUUGUGUUUGUGCCUGUGCUGUUUGUUAGCAACACACAUACAUAUAAUCUCUCUUUCUCUCUCUCUGUGUGUGUAUUUUAUCAUUUGAAGCCUUAAGCCUUUUAAAUUAGUGUACUGGUACUGAAAACGGGACAGCUUGAAGCUAACGAAAAAUCUGAUUGCAUAAUGAAAUACCAACAUCCAAUAUCAACAUUACAUUAUGAAAUAUCAACAGCAAUGACAGCAUCAACACAAAACAAGACACCAUGGUGGUGCUGCAGUCCAGUUACACAAGCAGAGUAGCUAAAUGUUUACAUUGCUAUGCAAAUGCCUUUAAAUUGAAGACCCAGGGGAGUAGGCCCAGGGCAGUAAGAAGAUAAAGAGAUUUGUGACAUGCUUUUCUUUUCUUUUUCUUUUUUUUAAAUGAUAUUUAUUAAAGUUUCAACAUGAAAAGAGACAAUAAAAAAAAAGAAUUUAAAAAGAAAAAGAAAAAUACACAAUACAAAAUACAGAAAGAAAAAAAAAGAAAAAACAGUUAAAAACAAUUCCAUCUUUUCAUCAGCUACUUUUGGAUUUACUUAUUUUCUGGACCUCCUCAUACCUCCCUCUUUUGUAUUCCAAUUCAGUUUGUUUGUCCAGCAAUUCCUUUCCCUCCUUUUUAAUCCCAAUCCUUAAUCUUAAUAUAAUAUAACAUUAAAUUUUUACCUAUUAAUAGCCAAUUUUCCAUUCUUAUUAACCUGUUUUAAUCCUAAGUCCUUAAUCUUAAUCUGUAUAUAACUUUAAAGCCUGUACAGCUAGAGAACCCCUUAAUUUCAAUCCAUCAUCACUCUAACAUUCUUUAAUUUUACAAUAUUUCUGUAGGUAGUCUUUAAAUAUCAUCCAAACUACUAACAACGACACUUCACACAGGGCACGGAUUCUGCCAGUCAUUUCCACCAAUUCCAUAUAGUCCAUCAAUUUCAUCUGCCAUUCCUCCAGUGUGGGUAGCUCUUGUGUCUUCCAAUACUUUGCGAUGAGUAUUCUUGCUGCUGUUGUUGCAUACUGUAACAUGCUUUUCAAUGGCCCAGUACACAUGUAACACUAAGCCAAACUAUGGCUGAGCACAAAUGAGCAAGUGCCCACAGACUGGAAAACAUGGCUACUUUGCUGCUGGCUGGAGCUAAGUCAUGGGUUGGAUUAGUGUUAUCUCCAAACCCAGGCUCCCUAACACAAACCAUGAGUGCCAAACCAAACCUUGUGGUUUGUCUAGAAUAAAACAAGCCACUAGCCUGGGUUCAGAACCAAUUCUGAACCAAAUCAUGGCUUAGCGCUGUGCAGCAUGGCAGCAGCAGUGCUGGGUGGAGCUAAACGGCUGUGAUUUUUACUCCAUUCACUUGCCUGUUUAUGUCACGGCUUGGCUUAGCAUUGCAUGUGGACCAGGCCAUUGUGGCAUAAAUGUUCCCAGGCAACUGAAACUCUGGAGAGCCACUGCCAGCCAUACUGGAUUAUUUUUUUACUGCUGCUUAUUACGUCCCACAUCUGUCUUCUGCCCGCUCUGACCCACUUUCCUGGCACCUUCAAGUGACGCUGUUUCCCAGCCUCAUCCUCACUUGUGAAUGCAGGCAGGUAAUCAAUUUGAAAGGACACUGCCAAGGUAUUUUAUUUAUCAUUUACAAAGUGUGUUUUAAUCAUUGCUGUCUUUAACCAUCCCCUUGGAAGCUUUAAAAAGGAGCUUGUCAGUAUAAACAACAAGCUUUAUUAGGGGGAGGGAAUAGUCAUUUAGCCUCUGAGGGGACUGACAGACUGUUUUGCAAAAGAAAAACAAAACUAUUUUUAGGCUGCCGCCCUAAACGAACUUACUGGAGCAUUAGUCUCAAUGAAUUAGACUUGCUUCUGAGUUAAAGUGCGUGUUGCUACUUAUUUAUUUGGUUGGAGGAUGAGGGUGGAAUGAAGAUUUCCUAAAGAAUUUAGCAGACUAGUGUGCCUAGCAUUUGGCUUUACCAACCUUUAUUAAUAUUAGAUUCAGCCAUACUUAACGUUUUGUAAACAGUUUAUUUAUCUUUGGCCAUUUUCCACUGGCCUUUCACUCCCUCCUAAGCUUAAACAUGCUUAAGAAAAGAAAGAAAGUAGCUCGAGACUCUUCCUAAUGGUGCCUAUUAAAUAGUUGCUGGAAAAAUAAAAAAUUGGGAGUAUUUGUGGUUGACUCUGUUUUGAAAAAUGAAAACCAUUUAACCUCCCUUUACAUAUACAGGGGUACCUCAGGUUAAGUACUUAAUUCGUUCCGGAGGUCCGUUCUUAACCUGAAACUGUUCUUAACCUGAAGCACCACUUUAGCUAAUGGGGCCUCCUGCUGCCGCCGUGCCGCCGGAGCCCAAUUUCUGUUCUUAUCCUGAAGCAAAGUUCUUAACCUGAAGCACUAUUUCUGGGUUAGUGUAGUGUGUAACCUGAAGUGUAUGUAACCUGAAGCGUAUGUAACCUGAGGUACCACUGUAAACCACAGUUAUUGCAAAUACAGUUUCCCUCAUUCAGUGAGCUACUAUGUUUGCUUCCUUCUCUUCCCAAACCUUUCCCCAUGAGCUGUGAGCAGCCAACUCACCACAUCCUGUAAAGUUUCUCCACACACAUCCUGCCUGACGCUUUUGACGUCUUGUGUUCCAACAUGUCAUGCACCCCUUUCCCCAUGUAAACUGACCAGAGCCUGCAUGCCUCUCAAAUUAAUCUGGCUUUGGUGUGAUGACUAUGAUAGUAUUUUAAAACCUAUGGGAAAUUCCAAUGCCUACUAUUUCUAACAGUCUCUAAUUUCAAUCUAAUGGUUAUAUUUAUUCGCUUUCUAAAAGAUAAUUUGCUACCCUCCUAUAGAACUGAGCAAACAGGGUGGUUCAAGUUUUCCAUAGGCUUUACACAGAAUCCUGGAUCUUCCCCAUCUUUCCCACAUUUUUUGGUGGCUAGGGAAACAAUUUCUAAACCUGCAAUCCUAUGGACACUUACUUGGGAUUUGCUUCCGUUGAAUAGGUUUGGCAAGAGGAGGGAGACAGUCACAGAUGCACUCAGAAUACUGAGUUGACCCUCUAAUCCUUGGGUGAGAAGUCUUCUUCAGGCUGAAGGCCGCAUUACCCAGUAGAAAGCUGGCAGGAGCCAUAUUUGAAUAGUGGGCAGGGCCACAUUCAACCGCACACCUGACCGACACACCCUUAACAUACAGGGACAUACACCAUCAUACAGUCAAGUAUACAUACAAAACUGUUUCCCAUAGAAAGAGGCAUAGAUUUAAUUCCUAGUAAUUCCACUUAAAUUUCAUCAUGCAUUUUCCCUGUAGACUUCGCAAAAAAAGUUUGUAAGCUAAUAGCCAUUGAUAUAGCCUUAUUGUCCCCAUGAAUUUGUCUAAUCCCAUUCUUUUUUUCUUUUUACAUUUUCCAAAUUUAUUAUACACAUCUUACAGGUUUUUUUUGCUAUUUGCAGCUUUUGUUUUUUUAAAAAUAAUUUUAUUUUGACAAAGUAAUAAUAAAAAAUAAAUAAUUUGAAUAAAAAUGUGCACCCCACCCAAGUGACUAUUCCAUUGUAACUAUCCAACCUCCCAGAAUUUCAAAACCUCUUGCGAUGGUUUGACCCCUUUCCGUUUUAACAGUACAAAUUCUACAAACACCUUCCAUAUCUCCUCAAAAUAAUUUCUCCUGCAUACCCCAUCUUACCUUAAUAGCACAUGUUAAUUUAUCAUCUAAUCCCAUUCUAAAGCUGUCCAAGUUUCUGGUCAUUGCUGUAUCUUAUAGAAGUGAAUGUCACAGUUUAAAUAUGAACUGUGCUUAAGAAAUAUUGCUUUUUGUCUGUCCUGAAGCUUCUAGCAUUCAGCUUUAUGAAUGACCCUGGGUUCUAGUAUCAUGAAAAAGGGAGAAAAACAUCUCUCUAUCUGCUUCCAUGCACAAUUUUUAUACAUCUCUAUCUUGUUCCCUUUUACUUGCUUUCUCCCCCAAACUAAAAAGCCCCUAGCCCCAAACGUUUUAACCUGUACUCACAGAGAUGUUGUUGUAGCCCAUUGAAUAAUUUUGCUGUCCUAUUAUGAACUUUCCCAGCUCUACCAUAUCCUUUCUAAGGUGAGGCAACCAAAUCUCCGGAAUUCCAAGUGUGGCCUCGCCAUAGAUUCAUAAAACAGCUUUAUGUUUUGGUAGUUUUGUUUACAAUCCCUUUCGUUAGAAACCUAGUGUGGAGUUUGAUCUUUCCACUGCUGACGCACACCGGCUUGACAUUUUCGCUCGACUCUCCAUCCCGACCCUAAGUCUCUGUCACUUCAGACUCCAUUAGCAUACAUUUGGAGUUAGGACCUUUUUGCUGUUCUGUGAAUCACUUCACACACAUUGAUCUGCAUUUGUCAUUUUUAAGCCAUGCCCUGACACCCUUCUUACCCAAGAAGCUGUCUGCCUUCAGUUCCCCAGAGCCUGGUGGGGAGCUGUAAUCCCAGAAAAGGUUCAGAAAAGACUGGGAUGUAUAGAUCUUCUCAGGCAGCUUUUCCCCCUUCCUGAACAUCUGCCACAUCCCAAUGGGCGUCAGGUCCUUCUCUGGCUCCUCCUGAGUACAGCCCAGGAAGUGAAGGCCUCUGAUUGCCAGCCAAGUACAUCUGUGCCAGCUCUGGACUUCUUGCCAGGCCAGCAAUGACAUCUCUGUUCCUGGGAGGGCUGCAGGCGAAGGAAGGUAGUCAGGGGUCCAGGUGGGGGUCUGGUGUGUGUGGCAUCAUCAGGGGCAGACAGCGUUUUUGGGGGGCUGGGUGUUUUUGGUGCUGAAGGUCUAUGCAGGGUUCCACUCCACUUCUUUGGCUGAGGUCCUCCUGGAGUUAUUGUUGGUCUAGACCAGUGUUUCUCAACCUUGGGUCCCCAGAUGUUGUUGGACUACAACUCCCAUCAUCCCUGAGCUCUGGCCUUGCUAGCUAGGGAUGAUGGGAGUUGUAGUUCAACAACAUCUGGGGACCCAAGGUUGAGAAAGGCUGGUCUGGACUCUUUCUGAGGCAGAGGGUAAGGGAAGCAGUUUUCCCAUGAUGCAAACCUGUCACACACAAGUGCCACAGCCUGGCACUCUCCUGGGUUGUUGUGUGUAUAUAAAAAAUAAAUUUUGAUGAUAUGCAGAGUAACAGAGUAGCUUGCAGCUAGGAAGCUAAAUAACUCUUCUAGGUGAUGGAUAGCUUCUUUAUAAAGACAAUGUCCAGUUCAAAAGAACUUUACUUUCAUAAACAUAUAACUGAGAAUAUAUUUACAAUCACAUGCUUAGUCAAACAUGGGUAUGUUCUCACUUGAAUUGUAGAUGGAAGUCUUUGACGUUUCUUAUGAAAGGUUUUUACUUUCACCUUAACAGUAUUCUCUUUGUUGCUUACAGAGAGCUCCUGCACGGGUUUCUCCCUAUUAAUGUUUAGGGAUCUUCCUCUGUUUGUUUCACUUCAGAUAUAUCUCAGAGACACACACUAUCCACAGCAGAUUCCUGAGAAGUUUAUCUCAGCAGCCAUUCUCCCUCACACACAGAGAGAAAACAGAGAGAGCAGUUAAAAACAACAGUUACUUGAAUAACAGUCACAACAGAAUAGAAUGCCUCUCUCAUGUGACUCACAGUCAGCCAAUCACUUGAGAGCUACUGCCAAAGGAAAUUUCCCCCAUGUUAAAAAAGUACACAGUAAUUUAACAUAAGUAAACAUUCCCUUUUCAGGAAUUUAAACCAUUAUCCUGUAAGUGGACCACUGCCUGACCAUGCUGUGGUCAUUGAAACAUAGGAAACUGCUAUUAUACCAAGUCAAAACUCUGGCUCAUCUAAACCAGUAUUGUCCAUUGGUUGGCAGCAGGUCUCCAUGCUUACAGACAGAAGUCUUUGCCAGCCAUCCCUGAAGAUGCCAGAGAUUGCACUUAGGGACUCUCGCACGGGACUCAUGUGCUUUACCUCUCAGUUAUGCCCCUUCCCCAGCUGUGUUUCUUCAAUCUGUGGUUCCCACCUCGAAGGUGGCAGCAACCAUUGUGCCACAGCAUCUGGCAUUUCUACUCCUCUGUCCCCUGCACUGCUGUAAUCCUGAAAUCCCUGGGCAAUUUGAGCAACAUACAGGGUAUAUGGAAGUACAGAAAACUGCAAAAGGCUAAUUAGAAAUAGCAUUAAGGGGUAAUUAUUUUAUGCAAAGCAUUCUUUCUUGUUUCUUCACUGUGUCUGGCUGUUGUUUCUUUUCGAUAGCAGCCUUCUCAAGAUAAAUUUAUUUUGGUGGGGGAGUGAUGCAAUCUUUAAAAUCUCUCUCUUUUUAAAUUUUUGCAGUUGGGUAAAAUAAUGCGCGGACCCUUUAUGAAAUUUGUGGCACAUGCAGCCUCUUUCACCAUUUUCCUUGGUUUGCUGGUCAUGAAUGCGGCAGACAGGUUUGAUGGCACCAAACUGAAGCCCAAUGAAAGCAGAACGGAUGGAAAACAGCUGUUCAGGAUGAAAACUUCAUGUUUCUCGUGGAUGGAGUUGCUGAUUAUCUCAUGGGUAAUAGGUAAAAAACAUAUCACAAAUCUGUGUCUUGCAACCCUAGCAGAGGACUGUGUGUCUGUUAAGACUCUUUUCUCUUAUAGUGGUGAAGUACGAGACACAAAGUGAAGGGUCUUGUUGAAUUCCACAUUCAUUCAUGUGUAUCGCUUGCAUAGGUUGCGGGUGGAAAAUGCCACAGCGUUCUUCCUUUCUUUCCUUUCUUUGGUGCUUUUCAUGAAACACAUGCAUUUAUGUGUUAGCACACCAAACAAGGAACAUUUGAGGUGCAUUUUCAGAAUGCUCUGAUUAUAUCAGAUGAUCUACUUAUUCAUACAAGCAAACACAUUCUGAAUCAGAUCUGUUAAGUCUCUGCCAGUUAACCUGGUUCCAAAACCCAGCUCCUACUUUCUUGGUUAUAAGAGAAGACAGUUCACCCCAGAAAACACAGUUGAUUGUCACAUCUUAAAGCACCCAGCACCGUACAGAUGACAUGCUGUUAUUAAUUCAUUUAAAAUUUACAUUUCAGAAGCCUAGAAAAAGGGGUGCAAGUUUCAAUGUGUACACAUGUUACUCUUGUUAUAGCUAAAAGAAAGAAAGAAAACGAAUACACCUUCUGUUUCCUUCUUCUAAGCCUUAUGCAGAAAAAAAAAGAGGUGGCAUGUUACUUUGAAAGUGCCGAAAAUUCAGGGAAGUGCUCUACAGAAGUGACAGCAUGUUACAUCAAAUGAAACCAAUCAUUUCUGGCUGCAUUAUCUAAAAUAAGAAUUAAAUCUUUUAAAGCCAAUUUUUAAAAAGAAAGUCGAUAGUUAACAGGCAAGACAGAAACUUGAUGCUAAUGAGUGUAUUCAGAUAUUGUCAGUGAGCACUGGAGAUUACUAACAUGCAACAUCAGAGAAAUCCAAAUUGGUAGGAGAUAGCAUUUCUGGUUGAUUAGGUGCUAUGCAUUAGAAGCUACUAUAAAAUGUAAUAAAAAGUUAAUGAACCGAGAACUGUGAGAGACAUGAAGGAGCAAGUAGAUAUCUGAAAGCUGUAUAAAUUGUGAAGGAGAAACGCACACAAUCACAAACAUAGGAUAAUAAUUAUAACACACAUUCAUUCGUUUGAAACGCCAUGUAAAACUCAUAGCGAGCUGAAGAUCUGUGCAGCACCUUUACACUUCCAGCUGCAGGAGAAGGCGGAUGCAGCUCGUCCAAAAUCUUUUCCAACUUUGGUUAAGAUAUCUUCCUCUUUUGCUGUCUGCUAACAGCAGGGGGUGCUUUUAGGGUGCAGUUGCUCAAGGUGGCCCAGUCUUGAGUUAAAAAUUCAAAAGGGAUCCCAGCUGCAUGAAACAUGCACUAUUCUUUUUUUUUUUAAGUAAUAUUUAUUAAAGUUUCAAAAGAAGAAAAAUCACAUUAAUAAAAAAAUUAACAAUAAAAAGGAAAAAUACAAAGUAGAAAAAAGAAAAAAAACAAUUAAAAACAAUUCCAUCUUUUCUUCACUUCUUUUACGUUUACUUGUUUCCCGGACCUCCUCAUACCUCCCUCUUUUGUAUUCCAAUUCAAUUUGUUAAUCCAACAAUUCCUUUCCCUCCUUUUUAGUCCUAAUCUUUAAUCUUGAUAUAUUAUAACAUUAAGAAACAUGCACUAUUCUUAAGUAGUGUAGGGUGGUAGAAGAAUGAGAAGCUUAUUGUUCAGAGGCUGGCCUCUAUGCUCAAUUCUCUCUCUCUCUCUCUCUCUCUCUCUCUCUCUCUCCCCCUCUCCCUCCCUCCCUCCCUCCCUCUCCACACACUAGCUCUCAGCUCAUAUCAGCUUCAGCUUCUGCUUCUGCAGCAAAGCUCUGCUCCCAAGUCACAGCAGUCAGAAAUGGCGUGGUCAGUUGCUAGGCUCUAAACAUCGCUUCUUUACGAAUUCACUACACUAGAAACCUUAUCUGAAUGAUCAUCCCUGGGGAGGCACAGCUCACCUUGGCAAAUCUAGCAGGGAGGGAGGUUGUGACAUGCUCUGCCAUGCCAGGAUUGCUAGCAAACUGGCCUCUCUCACCAGUGUUUGCUAUAGAAGGGGUGCUGAUAAAAGCUGUUGGUGUAUGAAAACCCAUAGCCGCCACAUACAUCUCCUGCUGCGCUGGUAAAUUCAAAGCUAGAGUGCCGAUAUCCACCUUGCAAUUUGACAACUCUCCACAAAGCCAAUGGCCACCCCACCAUUUUUACAUAAUGAGUAGGGAAUUUGAAUAGAAUUUGUUGGUAUCCGUCUUGAGAGACAAUGGAACAAACCUCCGGGGGGUGAAGUCAAAGAGCUGUAGGAUCACAGCGCCUGCUGUGGCUGCAGCAACCGGGAACUCAUAACUGCCACCUCCCGCAUUGUUUUUACCGCAUUAGCAGCACUGAACUGACCUCCCUGCGCAGAAGCCUAGGCAAGUGUGUAUGGAAGUCCUGGGCUGCCCAGAUGACAACACCCCACUCUUCAGCCUUGCUAAUGUGGUCCAAAGGAAAGCAGAGCAAUAUGUUUGGUACCAGCUUAGCUGCAGGAGUUGCCUGAAGCAGGCAUACAAGGCACCAUCCAACCAUCUUAGGGACUCCACUCCAGAUUUGCGUAGGGUUUACUCCUUAGGCUUUUCUUCUCUCGGUGAUGUCCCACAAAGCAAUGGGUGGAAUAUUUCUUGUAUAAAUAAAAUAAGAACUUGGCUUUCAUUUUUCAAAGCAGGUAUCUCUACUUCUCAAGACACGGAACUCAGAUAUAUUUGACGUUUUUCUAUGACAUUUUGUGGAAAGCUAAUGCUGUGUGUGCUCUCUUCUUUCCUCCUCUAGGUAUGAUAUGGUCCGAGUGUAAAGAGAUUUGGUCCCAAGGUCCCAAGGAAUACCUGUUUGAGUUGUGGAAUAUGCUGGAUUUUGGGAUGCUAGCUAUUUUUGCAGCUUCAUUCAUUGCGAGGUUCAUGGCAUUUUGGCAUGCUUCCAGAGCCCAGAGCAUGGUCGAUGCAGAUGUGAAGGACUUGAAAACGGUGACAUUGCCUCCCAGCAUAAAAUACUACACUUUGGGUGAGUUUAUGAACCGUUGAGAUUUGUGUUGGCUGAGCAAAGGAGAACUGUUCCAGUUUGGGUUCUACCCUCCCGAUCAGGAGAAAACUGGCUUGCUCCAUCUUCCAUGUGACAGGCCUUGAGAUAUUUGAAGAUGGCUGCCAUAUCUCCUCUCAUGUCUCCUCUUAUCCAGGCAACCCCCUCAACCGUUCCUCAUAAGGCUUGGGUUCAGACCCUUGACCGUCUUGGUCACCCUCUUCUGCACACAUUCCAACUCAUCAAUAUCCUUCUGAAAUCGUGGCACCCAGAACUGGACACAGAACUCUAGGUGUUAUCUGAUCAGGGCAGAAUAGAGUGGUACUAUUACUUCCCUUUAUUACUUCCCUAUACUUCUGUUGUUGCAGCCAAGAAUAGCAUUACCUCUUUUUGCUACUGCAUCACACCGUUGACUCAUGUUAAGUUUGUGGUCUACUAAGACCCCAUGAUCCUUUUCACAUGUAAGGCCAUUGUGGGAUAAAAUGUUUUCAUCUAGAGCUUAUAAGGAACUCAUUACUACUGAGCUGCAUAUCCUCUUCUUUUCACAACCCAUGCAAGUGGUGGAGAUUUUCAGUGACUUUCAGUGAGCUUACAAUUCCUGCCUGGCAAGGCAGCAGCAGGUUUCAUAUUCAUUUUCUUUCCUAAAAUAUCCUAUAAAAAUAAUUUUCUUCUGCUUGAAGAAAAUACCCCAAUGGGAAUGACGCUAUCCUUUGGAUGGCUUUAUGGACUGAUGUAGUUGUAAUGUUAUAUAGAUAUACAUAAACACAUCAGUUUUUUAUGUUUACAACAUCAACAUCCUUAUUUUUAUUAAAAAAAUAUUUUUAAAAUUAUUUAGCUUAUUUUUUAUCCUUAAACCAUUUGAUUUCCUUAUAUUGCAAACCCCUUUGGGAACAUAACUAUUAAUAUGUAGAAAGAGUGCUGUAAGUUGCUCUGGGCUUAUAGAGCAGGUUGUAAUUCAAACGAAGAAAUGGGAAUCUUCAUUUUUAGCUGCAGUUUAUACACUCCCCCCUUACUCUAUAACUAGUUUCUUCACGUAAAAUCGAGAGGUUAUGAGCAAUCAGGAAUUGUUACAGUGAGAUAAAGUGAUGUGUGCUGGACAGAAAAGCAGUAGCCAGCGCAGUCCUCUGCAUGUCUACUCAGAAGUAAGCCUCACAGAGUUCAGCAGGACUUUCUCUCAGAUAAGCGUGUAUAGGAUUGCAGGCUGCACCACCAGUUUCUAGGGAGCAAUGGCAAUUUAUAACAGUGGAGGAUCUGCUCUUCACUUCCUAAACAACAUAAUUCUGAACCCACUGCAGUUGCAAUGGUUGAGUUUGAGAGCUGUUAGGUUUUUAGUUUCAUUGGAGGUUUCUAAGCAGAGGUUGGAUGGCCACCUGUCAUGGAUUCUUCAGUUGAGAUUCCUGCACUGCAGGGGGUUGGACUAGAUGACCCUCGGGGUCCCUCCCUAUUCUACAGUUCUAUGAUUCUGUCUUUCACAAUGCAGUUUGUAUGUUGUUGUUGUUUUGUAAUAGAGGUGACUCUCAACCUACACAGGGGUUACAUUCUAGGGGUAGCACAUAAGCCAAAUUUGCAUAUAGUCAAAACGCAUUGGGUUCAAUUAUGAGUGGGAUCCCCAAAGUCUUGUUUCCUAGAUGACCACCCCCUUUCCACUCCCUUUUUAUUUAUUUAUUCUUAUUUUGCCAAAUUACCUGUAUUUCAAAAUGAAGAAAGAAUGAUUAAUAAAAAGAUAACUGUGAACAGAAUUGUUCAUUUGUUUAUUUCAUCUCUCUCCUUUUUUUUAUAUUAAUCUUAAUAUAAAGCCAGGUCAUAUGUAAAGCAUAGUCAUAAAAUUAAAUGAAACACCACUUUUUAAAAAAUAAUGAGAACAACGAGACACUGAAAUGUCAAAAACCAGAGGUAUGCAAAACCAUUAGUAGGAGUGGGCUGGGCAAUGGUGUAUCAAUACAUUGCCCAGGACCGGUUUGAAGGUUAGAGCGUGAUGGCACCUUCUCCCGAGUCUUGUUUUUCCCUCGGUGCGCCAGGCACUGACAGCAGAGGGACUCCCUCCAGCACCCAGCGCAUGGAGGAACAAGCUGGCGUUCACCCUGGCCAGGGUGAAUCCACUGCCACUCCCACUGAGGGAGCUGAGGCGAUUUCACCCCGGUGCCUCACGGGACCAGGCCCGAUGCAGCUUGUUCCUCCCUCCACUUUUCAACAUUGCGAUGUAUCACUAUAUUGCGAUGUUUGACUGGUGAUACAUUGCAAUGUUGAAAAGCUGAUAUUUCCCAGCCCUAAAUAGGGGCUGCAGUUCAUACAUGAAUAGCCACAGAAACGGCAUGUGGGUAAUGUCACAAAUUUGCCUGAAAAGAAGCAGCCAUUUUGUUGUUGUCUCUGUGUGUUGACAUCCCUCUGAAAGGUGCUUCUCUCUCUUGUUCACAAGCGCUUUACUUCUGAUAGCAAGGGGAUGCACAGCAAGAUCUCCGGACAUUGGCUUAACGUUUGGGCAGCUAAAUAUGGAACAUAUAUCAAAACAUUAAACAGAUGUUCUUGUGGGUUUUCUUUUGUUUUUUUUACAGCAAGAAUAGACUGGGAUCCAUCCGACCCUCAAAUCAUAUCUGAAGGCCUGUAUGCAAUCGCUGUGGUCUUAAGCUUCUCAAGAAUCGCCUAUAUUCUGCCAGCCAAUGAAAGCUUCGGACCUCUACAGAUAUCGCUUGGCAGAACUGUGAAAGACAUAUUCAAGUUCAUGGUCAUAUUUAUCAUGGUUUUUGUGGCCUUCAUGAUAGGAAUGUUUAAUCUCUACUCUUACUACCUGGGGGCAAAACAAAAUGAAGCCUUCACUACGUAAGUAAAUGUUGAAAUCUGGUUUUGCUGUAGUAAGUGUAGAUGAUUUUGUUGGAAGGCCAUCAGUCGGAUUUAAGCGCAUUCGCUGUUGUAAUGUUAAGUAUCCAAACUAUGGCCAUGGUUAGCUAUGGUCUGCAAUUCUUAAAUAUUGAUUUACCAACCAUCUUUCCUAAGCUAGCAGUAGUGAUGCAUCUAAAUGCCAAGCACAUUUACUAUAAAGUAAUUCUAAAGGCACUUCCAUGUUAAUGGAUUCAUGGUGAUUGGUGCAUUCAAUGAAAGUGCUGGCUAUCCCUUUGGGGCAAUCCUUUGAUUUCUACUAGUCCAGACGGACUACCAGGAUCAGUUCAGAUGUCACUCCCAAAAGCAGCGGCUAUGGUAGCUCUGAACAGCCGCAACAACCAGCAAAUAGAAGCACCUGCUUUGAAUUAUAGAUUAGGUCCUCUUUUAUAUUAUUUAGUUUGCAUAAAUACAUAAUGCACUCCUCCUAUGCGAGAUGUAUUAGGACAAGGUCUGUUUGUGCAUAACAAGAGUGUGAUGUAGACAUCUUUAGUCAGUGCUGCAUAGUUUAGUUGCUAGUGUCCAUAUAUGUCACUAGGUCCAUUAAAAUUUAAAUUAUGCUUGUGCAUGCUAAAGUAUAUAUCGACUGCAGCUACUUCCAUUGCACGUUCUCCCUGAUGGUUUUUGUGCAAAGCAGAGGUUGAUCAUGCCCUGUUUGAACAUUUAAAAUGUGGACAUUUUUAACAUUAUCAUGACAUGCCUGAUUUUCCUGCGCCAUUAACAUGUGCAGAGGAGGGCAACCAAGAUGAUCAAGGGUCUAGUAACCAAGCCUAACAAGGAACGGUUGAUGGAGCUGGUGUGUUUAGCCAGGAAAAGAGGAGAGUGAGAGGAGAUAUGAUAGCCAUCUUCAAGGGCUGUCACAUGGAUGUUGGAGCAAACUUCUUUUCACUUGCUCUGGAGGGUAGGCUCCAUACCAAUGGAUUCAAGUUACAAGAAAGGAGAUUCCAACUAAACAUCAGGAAGAAUUUUCUGACAGUAAGAGCUGUUUGACAGUGGAACAGUCUCCCUCGGGAGGUUGUGGACUCUCCUUCCUUGGAGGCUUUUAAGCAGAGCCAUCUGUCAUGGAUGCUUUAGCUGAGAUUCCUGCAUUGCAAGGGGUUGGACUGGAUGACCCUUGAGGGUCCUUCCAACUUUGAUUCUAUGAUCAUGAAUUGGAGGCAAGUUGGUGCCAACAUAGGGCUUGUCCCAUGCCUAGAAAGCAUGGGUCUGAGGUUUUCCGCUUCUCUUGCGCUUUCUAGGCAUGGGUCUGAGUGGUUUUGCUCUUGCCCUGCCACUUUCUCCAGGAAAACCCAGUCUUAAGCGAUAUAUCAGAGCAAACAGCAAUCUGGAGAAAACCCGAUUGAUGUUUGCUCUGAUUCAGUGGUAAUAGUCAGGUUUCCCCGGCGGGGGGGGGGGGGAAGUGGGGCAAGGGCAAGGCUGGAUGGUCCCAUACUCAGCUUUUACAGAUAUUUUACUCCACUGUUAUGUUCACUGGGAUUUAUUUUUCUUUCUUUCAGAGUGGAAGAAAGCUUCAAGACUUUGUUCUGGGCAAUAUUUGGACUCUCAGAAGUGAAAUCAGUUGUCAUAAACUAUAGGCACAAAUUUAUUGAGAACAUUGGUUAUGUCCUUUAUGGGGUUUAUAACGUCACCAUGGUUAUUGUUCUGCUGAACAUGCUUAUCGCCAUGAUCAACAGCUCAUUCCAAGAGAUUGAGGUAAUAAUGCUCUUUUGAACUACCUUUAGCUUACUCAGUCAUCAUUGAGGAAUGAUGUGGUCGGGCUCCCAGCUCCCCUCAGCCCCAGCCAGGAUGGGCAGCGGUCAAAGUAUAUUAGGAACUAUAGUCCAGUGGCAUCUGGAGGGCCACAGGUAUUCCAUCCCUGCUUUAUUAAAACAGUACAAUUUGUCAGAACAAAUAUAAAUUCAUGAUCAAAAAACAAACUCUUAGUAGGACUAGCACUGGUUACAACCCCGAGUUGCUUAAAAGUGCCAUUAUUUCAACAGGACUUGAGCUAAGUCAGUAUUAAUUUGUCCUACAGAUUUCAAUGGAAUCUAAGUUCAACUGCAUUAGACUGCGUCCAAGUCAAAUUCCUUAGAAUCAUGACCUGCCAGUGAGCUUCUUCCAACCACCUAGCUGAUCACAGUCAGAAAUGGGCUGAACACAAGUAGAACCUCAAUCCACCCGUUAUCUGAUCCAGGCGAGCUCUUCCUAUGAAGUAGCGUUACUGUUAUUUCCUGCAGUUUAGUUCAGCGCAGGAGUCUAGCUGGAGUCUGAGCAUCCAGCAAAACAACUUUUGCGUAUCAUUUCAAAUGACCACUGCUUAACUCUUUUCUCUGCCUUCCAGGAUGAUGCUGAUGUGGAAUGGAAGUUUGCAAGAGCAAAACUGUGGUUCUCCUAUUUUGAGGAGGGCAGAACGCUCCCGGUGCCGUUCAACCUAGUGCCUAGUCCCAAAUCUCUGAUUUACUUCUCGCUCAGAAUAAAGAAGUGGAUUUUUAAGUUGUUGUUUUGCAAUAGAAAAGGUUUCCAGGAAGACGCUGAGAUGAAUAAGGUAACUUCGCAAUGGAGUAAACCUGCCGCAUUCUGGAAUUGUAAACAACUUUAUGCAAUGCAUGACUCCAUUGGAGGAGGCCAAUUCGUGCCAGACCUGCACCACUAAAUAAAAUGGUUGUUUUCUUUCAAGGGUUUCUGGUAGAAAUUCCCUAACCUACAACGUUAAUUUGAUGGCUGCAAUUUUAGAAAUGGGCAGAGCAAUCCAAAUUCUCGAUCUGCUAUGCUGGAGGGAGUGUGGAGGUGUCCAAACGCCUAGCCCAGCCUGGCUCUGCUGGCCGCAGGGUUUCUAAAUGCAGUCUUGAGUUUGCAAAUGCUGCCAGGGGGGUUCUUGGUAGAGAGAAAAGCAUCCUUCGUUUCUCUUGAUUACAGUUUUGAAGUCUGGAGGGUGAAUUGCCUCUGAUUCAGUGUUCAUUGUGGUGGAAAUGUGGAACCUAAACCAAUGGUCAUAUGUGCAGGAAGGAAUGUCUGUGGGCUUAGCUUUGAACACACAAACAGAUAUCCCAGAGAACAGCACUGCCUGCUGACUACUUUUACUAGUUAUGGAUUGGAAUGUGCAUAUUACCUAAGAGUAAGGUAAAGGUAAAGGACCCCUGGAUGGUUAAGUCCAGUCAAAGGUGACUAUGGGGUUGCGGCGCUCGACUCCCUUUUAGGCCGAGGGAGCCGGCGUUUGUCCACAGGCAGCUUUCCAGGUCAUGUGGCCAGCAUGACUAAACCGCUACUGGCGCAUGGAGGACCAUGACGAGUGCCAGAGUGCAUGGGAACGCCAUUUACCUUCCCGCCGCUGCGGUACCUAUUUAUCUACUUGCACUGGCAUGCUUUUGAACUGCUAGGUUGGCAGGAGCCUGGGACAGAGCAACGGGAGCUCACCCCGUCGCAGGGAUUUCAAACCACCGACCUUCUGAUCGGCAAGCCCAAGGGGCUCAGUGGUUUAGACCACAGUAUUGCAGGGCUGACAGGAGAUCUGCUCUUGACAACAUGCAUUCAUAUCUGUAUGGACAUAUGCAUUUAACCUCUAGAUCCCUCCCCCCAACUAACUUGAAGAGGAGUUUAUCUGUGCAACUUUCCAUCAUUUCUGCUGCUAAGUGGAAAGUAAAAUUAUGUAGAAUACUGAAGGUUCAGGGUUACUGUCCACAUCAGCAGGAUAGCAAUUUCUGCUAAGAAAAUCUUAGAUCAAGUGACAAGGGCAUCCUUUUUGCCCAUGUUAACAUAUAUCUAUUUCAUACUUGCAACUUAUACAAUUGGGAGGAGACUCCUAAUUAGGUAGGGUGGCCAUGUAUGCAUGACCAAAAACACAGAAAUCAGAAGGUGGUAUCAGUUUGCGUAAAAUUUGCGUUUGCUAAUUUAUGUAUAUACAUGCAAUUUUGGAAAUAAUGACUAUAAGGGAAAUAGAAUGCAAUUUCAAGGGCCUUGCUUUGCCUUCUGAUGGUUCUUCAUCUUUGAAACAGAACUGAGGUGGACAGCCCUUCAAUUAGAUGACUGCCCCCUGACAGCUCUUCCAAAAGAGGACUCUGUAAUGUUGGGACACACACCUACCCUAUAAAUAGGAGUAGUAAAAGGACAUUCCGUAAGCAGGGAAAUCUUUGGGCAGUGUAUCGCUGUCAAACUCCAUAGUCUAUAGUCGAAUUUGACUGGACUUAACCAUCCAGGGGGCUUAGCGUUGAAUCCCCUCAAGUCAUUGCAUGAGCAGAAAAACGCCUGCAAACUUAUGCAAGUGCAGUGGAACUUCUCCUACCACCACCACCAGCACUUGCCUCAAAUGUGCUCCAGAGACUUAGGGGAACUCUCGUAGCAGAUUUGCAGGUUGCACAGGAGGAAGAGAUGGAGAAGAAGUUCUGUUGCGCUCAUGAAAGUCAUUCUGCUCAUGCAUACAACCCAAAGUAAUAGAGAAGGGCAGGGGAUGAGAACCAGAGGAAGAUAAGCUCCAUAAAAACUCUUACUCUCUGCUGUCUGAUUCCCGCCCCCCUCACCUUUUCAGGAAAAAAGGCUAAAGUCAAUAGUUAGGAUGUGUAGAUGUUCUAAUAAGAGCUCAGCCUGAGCGUUUCUGCAUCUUCACAGAGAAUGUUUAUCAGCUCCCCAAAUCCGAUGAUUCACUCCUGCGGGUAAAAUGAAUGGCUAUUACUUACCCGUCCAAUUCUGCUGAUAUAAACCUUCACGGCAUCCUUCCAGCUCCUGUGAGAGAAUAAAAGGCUUCUUUAGAAGCCGAGCAUCGCUUGCCACCAAGUGGUCACAUUCUGAAAUGCAACAUAACGUUAUCUUGGUAUGGCUUGCGUACACAACUGAAAUCCAGGAAUCGGUCCAGACAUUGCUGUAACAAGUCUUAACUGGUCCAAGCAAAUGUUUUGUGUGAACUGUCAGCUCAUGUUAGUAGUGUAAUUAAAAAGAAGAUUUUCCAGAAUUAGAAGAAAGGAAUUCUUGCAUAUGGCCCCACAGGCACUUGGUUUCCUGAAAGCUGCAUUGCAAAAAUCUCAAGGCAGCCUUGUAAAUAAACCCACAAAAGUUGCUAGCCCUCAAAAAACAUUUUACUAGGUAACUUUGCUCCAAGGGAUCUGUGCUUCUGGGAUGCUGCGGAAGAAAGGAUGCCCCAGCCCUCUAUGACCUGCAUGAUUCCAUCUUCAUUGUAGGCUACUUAUAAAAUUUAAAAGCUUUCUUCCAGUGAAUUGGUGGUGGAGGGGUUGAGCAAUCCUUUCCCUUCCCCCUUAACCAGUCCUUUGGAUUUCCAUGUUGGUCUUGGAGCAAUGGGAUUUCUGUAAUUUCUGCUGUUGAAGCACGCAGUUGGGCCCCAUUCACACCACACAUUUAAAUAACUAUGACGCCACUCAGGGCUUCCUCCAAAGAAUUAUGGGGGCUGUAGUUCCCUGUGGAGACGGAUUGGUUGUUUAAACCACUCUGGAAUUCGUAGCUCUGUGAGGAAAACAACUCUCAGCACCUUUAACAAACCAUAGCUCCCAGAAUUCUUUGGAACAAGCCAUGAUUGUUUAUAGUGUCUCAAGAAGAUGGUGUGAAUGUGGCCUUAAACAUUCAUUGAAGACAUUCAUUUCUUCAGCAAACAUUUACAUUUCAUUUUCUCCCCAGCAGUUUCCCCCAUUAAGAGUUAUUUUAUCCAAAAUAUCUCCAAAUCCUCUCUCUUGUGCAUAGGAGCAAUGCUUAAGGAGUACAGUAUUCUAAUGAAAUAUGUGGUAAGAAGGGGAAGGGGGAAGAAGAGAUUUAUUAAGCAAUCCUCACUUAGUACUUUUUUCUUUCUGUUUUUCAGAUAGGUCAAAGUAAGGAAUCAAGUAUAAGAAGCUCAGAUGACCUCAACUUAAACAGCUUAAGGAACCCUCAAAGGAAGUAUCAGGUAGGCUCUAGAUGUUAAUAGAGUACAGUAACUGUAAAGAACUUGACAGCCAAACAGAGGAUUAUCCACAGCCGCCCUCUUCCUCUCUCUCUCUCACUCAAGCCUGUUGCUUGUUCAUCAUCCAACCAUUCUGCUUCCCCCUUCAUCCUCUGACCUGUCUCCUGUCUCUCACCAUCACUCCCCUGGCUCUGAGUCUUCCUCUUCUGAGACUUCCCUAGAGGAUUCUAUAGCUGUGCUGCCUCCCCAGUUCUGCCCUCAUCUGGGUAAGCUGCCUCAGUGCCAGCGACAAGGCUGCCGUAUGUCCUCUUUUUCCAGGACAUGCCCUCUUUUUCAUGGGUAUGUAAAAUGAGAGUCGUCCUAGAGAUCCCCCACAGAAGUCAGCAAAUGUGUCCUCUUCUUUGCUUUUCAAAAUACGGCAACAUUAUGGGUCUACGUCAGACACAACUGUGCCUCACCCCAUGUGCCGCUACUGCUGUCUAGGAUCAGGAUGCGCAAGCCAAUACCUGAAAGGCUUUUCUGUUUCUCUUCCCCAGAAAAUUAUGAAACGUCUUAUCAAGCGAUACGUACUGAAAGCUCAGGUGGACAAAGAAAGUGACGAAGUCAAUGAAGGUAGGCUUCCGAAAUGAAUAGAAUAUCGGAUAGCAGAAUUAAAAGGCUAGCCAAAGUUGUUGGGUUUGCCCACCCCAUACUUAAAUGGCACCUUUAAUGGCACCUUUAACAAUGCUUCUGUUUUGAUAUGCAGCGUAACAGCUGCCGUGGCUUCUGGGUUAUAACUCUCCCAAUAACAAAUACAUAUACAGUGGUGCCCCGCAAGACGAAUGCCUCGCAAGACGGAAAACCCACUAGACGAAAGGGUUUUCCGUUUUGGUGGUGCUUCGCAAAACGAAUUUCCUAUGGGCUUGCUUCUUGCGAGUUCCUGCGGGGUUUUUUCCCCUCCCCCCCUUUUUCCCAAGCCGCUAAGCCGCUUAUCAGCUGAGCCACUAAGCCGCUAAGCCGCUUAACAGCUGAUCGCUAAGCCGCUUAUCAGCUGAUCCGCUAAGCCGCUUAACAGCUGAUCCGUUAAGCCACUAAGCCGCUUAUCAGCUGAUCUGCUAAGCCCGCUAAGCCGCUAAUAGCACUAAUCCGCUAAACCGCUAAUGGGCUUGCACGACGAAAAAACCGCAAGACGAAGAGACUCGCGGAACGGAUUCUUUUCGUCUUGCGAGGCACCACUGUAUAACCAUUGGCGUGCUGAGGGGGAGCUAGAGGUAAUGGUGGCAGAACCCUGUUUGAGGCCAGCCAGUUCCCUAUGCUCCAGGGGGUUGUAAGGUUUUAUUUGCCGGACCAAAUGAGCCUUUGGGUCUGAUUCAUCAGGGCUCUUCGUAAUGCUGUCCCCCUCCCCAUCCCCAGCUUCUCCUUUUUCUUCUAGUAAGCCCUUGAUCUUCCCUCUCCCUCUCUUAUAGGUGAGCUGAAAGAAAUUAAACAGGACAUCUCAAGCCUCCGUUACGAGCUCCUUGAAGAAAAAUCACAGAACACAGAAGACCUGGCAGAACUCAUCCGGAAACUUGGGGAGAAACUGUGUAUUGAGCCAAAACAGGAACAAAGGACCUCUCUCUGAAAUAGAAAGUGGGGGGGGGGGCGCACUCCUCCUCCAAGCUGGCAGUCCAGUGAAAGCCAUAUCAGUUCUAUCUACACCCCCUCCCCCUGCAAUUCUUCUUCAAUCAUAAUUGACACUUUUGCAGCAGCUACAAAAGUAGAUACAUCUUGACAAUUCUUUUUCUUUUUGGUUAACUGGGGAAAACCGGCAUUUUGAGCAGAUGUUAUUUAACCCCAUCAACGGAGGCCAACUCAACCAUUGAAAGGAAAAGACGUAAAAUAUGGUUUGAGAAGCCGCACAAUUAAAGACUUUAAUUACUGGUUCUACUGGUGCAAGGGAGCUCUCUUGUUCUCUCACUCUCUUUCACACUCCCACUAACGUGCACACAUAUUUUUACACUUCAGACGUAUGCACACUUAGAAGUAAAUUCCACUGAGAUGAAUGAGGUUUACAAAUUAAACAUUUAGGAAUAAGGUUCUGAUCACUUUCUUUUUUAAAAAAAUAAUGAACUGGUAUUUCUUUAAAUAAACAACAACAAAAAUACAAUUACAUUGCUUUAAUUAAAGUGAAAAGAAAUAAUUUCUGUUCCGUUAACUAAGCGCUUGGGAUGGACAAGAGGAAGGCUCAAUAGAACACAUCCGAAAGCCAUGAUGUUACCGUGACAUUACAGUGUUUUCUUCAAAUCACUCCAUUGCAAGAAGGCUUUCUGGUACAUUUCUUUGGCAGUGCAUCUACAAUAUGAACCCAUAUUGGCUUUGGGUUUCUCCAAAGAAUCCUAGGUGAGGGUGCUAAGAUCAGUAGUCCUCUUCCUCUUCAGAGAACUACAAGCCCCAGCAAUCAUUGGGGAGAAAUGUUAAAAUGCUUUAAGUCUCUAUUGCAGUUAUGUCCAAGGACCAAGGUGCCAGGAGUCUUGAUAAUCCAUCCCACGAAAGGCGUUACACUGCCAAGCAGCAAUUCCUGCGAUCUGCCUUGUCAACGUUUAGAAUUUUUCCUUGGCGAAUGUUUAUAUGUUGAGAUAUACAAUAUGAGUUGCAUCGGACUAAGUCAUAGAGUUGAUACACCACAAUCAGUGGGCAUUUAUUUCAGUGGGUCUACUCUGAAAAAAAAUCAGUCCAUUUGUUUCAUUGGGUUUACUCUGAGAAUAAUGCAAUGGGAUGCAACCCAAUAUAUUUAAAGGUCUUGUGUCUAGGAGCAAAUGACUGGAACCAUAAGUGUUCUUAGGGAGGUACGCUGUAUGCCUGGUCUAUGACUGCCUUACUCCCUUCUUGGCCCUGAUCCGUUGUGCAGCCCUAUGAUAAAUAACUGAAACCAAAAGCCAGCCCUACCUUGUCUCAUUUCACAUGUUUGUAUUGCUACCACCUUUCAUCUAGUAACCUCAGCACCACUGAAAGAACCACCCACAACCAAAACUUCCAUUAGUCAUGGCCAGGUAUUUGAUGGUGGUUGCACUUCGUGUCUACACAAGUUGGAUACAGAUAACCCUUUUGCCCAGUGUGGCCCUUCGAGAUGUUGUUGGGUUCUAACUCCCAUCAACCUCAGCUAGCAUGUCCAAAGGUCAGGAAUGAUGGGAGUUGUACUCUAGCAAUACCUGGAGGACCUUGCCCUAUACCUGCACCCAAAGUAUGUGCAAAAUUCCUGUUGUUUUUGUUCAGUCGUUUAGUCGUGUCCAACUCUUUGUGACCCCAUGGACCAGAGCAUGCCAGACACUCUUUGUCCAUGGAGUUUUCUUGGCAGGGAUACUGGAGUGGCUUGGUUCCUGCUCCAGGUGGAUCACGUUUGGUCAAAACUCUCCACUAUGACCUGUCCAUCUUGGGUGGCCCUGAAUGGCAUAGCUCAUAGCUUCUCUGAGUUAUUCAAUUCCCUUUGACAUGGCAAGGCAGUGAUCCAUGAAGGAGGCAAAAUUCCUACUUGGCAGAUUUAUCUUGGGGUUGUUUGAUCAUUUUAACUGGCAUCCAAGCUUUGAAGGCAGGACCUCAGGCAAUACCACCCACUCCUGUAUCCCUGUUCUAUUAUAUCUGCCUAAUCUGCAGAUUAGUAUGGGUUGACCUAAUGAUGCAAGUGCCCAUGUAAGUCUCCUAUUAAACCAGGCACCACAAAUAAAAAAACCUGCUUUGCAGCUAGUGGUAUGUGGGCCAAACGGAUAACAAGCACUGUCAUGGAUGCUUUAGCUGAGAUUCCUGCAUUGCAGGGGGUUGGACUAAAUGAAUCUCUGGUCCCUUCCAUGAUUCUAUGAACUUUCCCCCCUUUUCCCACGGCACCAGGUAGAUGAUUCUUCCCAGGAAAACCUAUUCAGUCGGCUAUGGAGCAAAAAACCCCCCGCUUAUGUCUCCCAAGGGCAUCCAGGGGUAUUCUCUGAUGACACAAUCAUCCAUCCAUCAGUGUAGAAUUGCAGCAGUUUAAUGCUGACCUGAGUCAAUUAGCAGAAGGUGGGAAUUAUGGAAACGAUAGACAGCAGAGAGUAGGUCUGUGGCUGCGUUUGUAGUUUUGAGUAAAGGCCGUAAGUCUUGGCCACUUCUUUCCCUAUUCCCCCAGAUCAGCCCAGCCCCACAAAAAGAGAAGGCACACCCAAAACUUGCUUUUCCAAGGGAUCCAGAUCAAAGCUGGUUUGUGUAUAAUUAAUCUGAGCCUUGAAAAGGGCAUAGAGCUGAAAGAGGAAGUGGGAAAGACUGUCACUUUUCCAACUUCCCCUCAAGGGGGCAAUGGGGGGUGGGUGCUCAGAGGCUUUGUAGCAGCCGGGGGAAGCCCUCAAGGGUGCUACUGCAGCCGUGAAUGCCGUGUUCGCAAUCCCUGAUACAAACAUUUACAUAAGAAGAACAAAACAUUCCCCUUUUGCUUCCAGGAUGCAAUGGGGAAGAUGAAGAAUGUUUACCUUUUUCCUUAGCGAUCAUGCAUUUGUACAAUCAUCCCACUCCCACCUUCUAUGAAUAACCACCAACAAACAGAGUUUUAAGAAAGCAGCAGUUCUUUGGAGAAAUGAAGCAUUCGGUUGAACCUUCCUUGACCAGUUCCCUUCUCUGUUUAGAAUACAUUGUACCCACAGUAUACAGGUACUGCUUCCAUUUCUCUGAUUUGAUACUGGAGGUUUAAACAAAGGCCAUUAAUGAAGUGCUGCGUUUUUUAUACAUAUCCAUGCAUAUGACCUAAUGCAUACCAGGAAGCUAUUAACAUCAACACGACCAUUUUAUUAACUUGGUCAAGUCCUAGUUCAAGCUGCAAGUCGAUGUACUUGGGAUUUUACUGCUUCUUGCGGUUUAAGAAUAAGCAGCAUACUCGGAGAAGCUUACCUUGUAUAAACAGCUUGCAUAAACCAAGGCUUGAGCUGGGCUUUUAAAAAAAACGAUUAAAAGCCGCUCUAGUGGCCUUUAAGCUGUAAAAUAAACAGAACCAAGAUAGACACGACAUUAAAUGCAUCUUCACGAUUGAUGCACAUUUUAAAAACGCACAUAAAAGCCACUGGAGUGUGGCAGACAAUUAUCAGGAUCUCAAGGAGGUGCAGAGGGAGAAUUUUGCCCUUUUCUCCCCUGCAACUGUCUCCAUGAAAAUUACUCCUUCGAAGGCGCCAUUACCCUUGAAAGUUGCAUUGGCACCAGUGGGAGUUUCCCUCCAAUGCAAAUAGCAGCUUCAGAGGAGUUGGGGUUUUUUUGGUCACAACUGUAGCAGAGGAAGAAAGAGUUAAAUUGUCUUUGCCUCCUGCUGUGCCUGGGACUUUGGGGUGAAGGAUGGGUAAUAAAUAACUAAAUAACUAAUUAUCAGCCCCCACCCUGCCUUCAAUGGCUGCACUUUUUUAAAAUGUGCACAUUAAAUGCAAAGACAAAUUUAGGAUCCUGUCUAGUUUGGCCCACUGGCUAAAGGACAAUUUUCCUGGCGAAGAGCCGGUUGCUUUUCUGAACAUGUUUUUAACAAGCAGUGCAUAGUUUUAAUAUGUGGUAAGGCUACAUUUGGUCUCUCUGCCCCACUUGCGAUAAUAUAAACAUCAUAGAGGUCACAGUGUUUUGGAGCUAGUCGUCUUGUGGAUUCUCAAGUCCAGAAGCAUUCUGUACUUAAAUGCAUUCGCCUCACCUCCUCAGUCAAUUAAUAGGAGAAAUGGACUCAUCUACUGUGAGCCUUAAGAUCACUGUACUCAGGGUGUAUAGAAGCUUUAAAGGCCUCUCUAAGGCAGAGGAAGCCCACAGAAUAUAUAGCUUAUUUUGUAAAAUAUAUGAAAGGACAGUUGUAAAACUUGCAAAAUUGAUCCU